AACCACGAGAUCAGUCUUGCUUGAGACUUGGAGUGAACUGGAAGUGUUUCCCUCUAGUUUGUAGUGGAGUGGCCGUAAAGUAAAAAAAGGAAGAAAAAAAGCAAAGCGCUGCAGAGCCUUGGGCAGAGCAAGAGCACCAAGUUGGCCAGAGUUGGAAGCUCCCUUGGACAGGGUGUGGAAAACAGUGAGCAACAUUUGGCUGUAAGCAAACCGACACAAAGUGCAAAGGUGUGCGCGAGAUUUGAUGCUGUACGAAAGUAUAUGAUCAAGCUGUGAAUCGUGUUGAAAGUGUAAUAAGAGUGAUUUUUUUAAAGCCUGUUCGCGGUGAAAAUAAAAUUGGUGCGAGAUUUCUUAGAAUCUUACAAAACAGUGUAUUUUCUUCACCGUGUUGCGGUGUUUAGAUAAAGCGAAAGGAAAAGAUUUUUGUCUGUGCUCGUUACAAUCCAGUGCAGCAAAGGUGCACGAUUCUGAAUAAAACAGCAAGUGAAGCUUAGUGUCAAAGUGGCGCGAGCGAUAUAGCGCUUUAACGCAGGUUGAUAGUAAAGCGUUAGCGAUUGGGUUAAAACAGCUCGAAAGCGCUGCGGUGCCGUAUUGGAAAGUUGGAACAUAUCGCUGUCGAUCGAUCGGAUUGCUUUUGCGGAUACUGUGCCGUUUUACUGUGGAUACAAUAUCGCUGCUGACUGUUGAGCAACCGCGGUAAAUCGUUUCGUGACCAGAGGAGCAACGAAUCAAACCGAAUCUUCUCCUUUCCGGUUGCCUUCGUUGACGGCAACAAGCAGCCAUGGUGAAAAAUGAUGCAAACGCUUAGGAAACAUUCAUCAAUAUUGGCAAAAAUGAAAAUAUUUUUGCCACUAGUGGUGUGGAUAAUUCUUCUGUUUCGAACGACAAACGCACAACUCUCAGCGUCGCGUAAGCACGUGGGAAUCUUUGGUCUGAAACACGAAGUGUUUUUUCUCAACCUUGAAGAUGGCUACUUCGGUUGCCAGGUCAACGAAUCGACAGAUUAUCUGCAGCUGUACGAGCUGUCCAAACUUUGUGAUGGUACAUCGGAUUGCUACAUGGGCUCCGAUGAACUUAGAAAUAAGUUAAAGUGUACAAAUGAUUGUGAUAAAGAUGGCACCGCUUGCUCGAAUGGAGUGUGCUUAGACGGCCAAUGCCACUGCAAUGAUGGUUUUGGUGGUUGUAACUGCCAAGUUCCGGAUGAAAACGAAUGUAAAUAUCGACCCUGUGACGUUUUCGCCCAUUGUACAAACACCCUAGGCAGCUUCACCUGUACGUGCUUUCCUGGCUAUCAAGGCGACGGUCUUCAUUGUGAAGAUAUCGACGAGUGUCAGGAUCCAAACAUCGCACAGCGUUGUGUUGAGAAUGCCGAAUGUUGCAACCUACCAGCGCACUUUGUGUGCAAAUGCAAACCCGGCUUCGAAGGCGACGGUGAAGAGCGAUGUGCAGAUAUCAACGAAUGCUUGGAUCCGCAAGCGUGUGGCCUGAACGCGGAAUGCGUCAACCUGCCCGGCAACUACACCUGCCAGUGCAGGGAGGGCUACUACGGCGAUCCGUACAACGGGUGCGUCGAUGUGGAUGAGUGCGUUCAGCCCGGCGUUUGCGGACCAGGUGCCAUAUGUACGAACCUUGAGGGCGGUUAUCGCUGCGACUGCCCGCAAGGAUUCGAUGGAGAUGCACGCUCGGCUCAGGGAUGUUUGGAUUACGAUGAGUGCGCACGUUCACCGUGCGGCCGGAAUGCGCUUUGCCGCAACGAGGUGGGCAGCUUCCGGUGUGAAUGUCAACAGGGCUUUUCAGGCGACCCGAUGACGGACUGUCAAGACGUGGACGAGUGUUCCGGUAAUCCGUGCGCGGAGGGUGCGAUUUGCAUUAACACGCCCGGCGGCUACCGGUGCAAAUGUCCGCCCGGAUUGGUGGCCUCAGACGACGGUCAGUGCACGGACGUCAACGAAUGUGCGAAGGCCCAUGCUUGCGGUGAAAAUGCCAAGUGCAUCAACUUUCCCGGAUCCUACAAAUGCUUGUGUCCGCAGGGAUACGAGGGACGCGGUGAAUUGUUCUGCAAAAAUGUAAACGAAUGCCUUGAUAAUCCAUGCGGGGAAAAUGCGCUAUGCACGGACACGGUGGGAAGCUUUAUCUGCUCAUGCAAACCAGAAUACACCGGCGACCCGUUUCGGGGCUGCGUCGAUAUAGACGAGUGCAGCGCGUACGAGAAGCCGUGCGGCGAGCACGCGAUCUGCGAGAACGCGUCGCCCGGGUACAACUGUCUCUGCCCGCAAGGGUACGUGGGUCGGCCGAACGCGAAAGUGGCCUGCGAACAGGCGGACGUGAACGUGCUGUGCACGACCGCCUUCGACUGCACCAACAAUGCGGAGUGCAUCGAGGGUCAGUGCUUCUGUCAGGACGGGUUCGAGCCACAGGGCUCGGUGUGUGUCGACGUGGAUGAGUGUCGAAGUGGCGCGGGGGGCUUGCGCAAGGAGCCCGCCUGCGGACCGUCGGCGGUGUGCGUGAAUACGCCCGGCUCGUACCGGUGCGAGUGUGAGGCGGGCUUCAUCGGAACGCCGCCCCGAGUGCCGUGCAAACCGCCCUGUGCGGACGUGAAGUGUGGUAAGAACGCGUACUGCAAGGCGGAGGGCCAGGAAGCGUUCUGCAUCUGCGAAGAGGGGUGGACGUUCAACCCGGCCGACAUUGGGGCCGGCUGCGUCGACAUUGACGAGUGUGAUCCGGCCCAGGGCCCGAACGGGCGGUGCGGCUUGAACGCGGUCUGCACGAACCACCCGGGCAGCUACAGCUGUACCUGCCCGCCCGGGUAUACGGGCGAUGCGACACGCCAGUGCCAGGAUGUGGACGAGUGUGCCCGCCCCGGUGCGUGCGGCACGAACGCACUCUGCAAGAACCUCGACGGAUCGCAUCAGUGCAGUUGUCCGGCGGGCUCGAUUGCCGAUCCGGAUCCGAGUGUGCGGUGUAUCAGUGUGGUUGCCUGUGCAAAGGACGCGGACUGUCCCGGCAAUGCGGUGUGCGAUCAGCAGAAGCGCUGUCUGUGUCCGGAGCCGAACGUCGGCAAUGACUGUCGCCAUCCGUGCGAGAAGGUUACCUGUGGGCCGAACGCCCACUGUAUGUUGGUGCCGGGCGGAGGCGCCCAAUGUCUGUGCAGCGAGGGUUUCACCGGCCAGCCGGGUCAAUGCGUGGACAUCAACGAGUGUGGAGCCAACCCGUGUCCGAGUGGAGCGGUGUGUACGAAUCUCCCCGGCGGUUACACCUGUCAGUGUCCGGGCGGAAGCUCGGGCGAUCCGUACUCGGGCGGCUGUUCCAAGUCCGCCCUGAACGCGUGUGGCGAGAGCAACCCCUGCCCGGCGGGGGAGAAAUGUGUGCAGGACGCGUACAGCGGCAACAGUGUGUGCAUCUGCGGGCAGGGCUACAAGCGCGACUCGAAGGGGCGCUGUCGCGAUGUGGACGAGUGUGCGGACGACAGCGGCAAGACGGCGUGCGGUGUGAACGCGUUCUGCAAAAACCUGCCCGGCAGCUACGAGUGCCGGUGUCCGGCCGGGUUCAACGGCAAUCCGUACCAGUCGUGCGACGAGUGCCACAGUGCGGAGUGUCGCUGUGCCGCGCCGUACAAGCUGAUGGAGGGCAACUGCGUGCUGGACAGCUGCUCGCCGGACGGCAAGUGUCCGGGCGGCGCGGAAUGCAUCACGAUUACGGGCGGCGUUAGCUACUGCGCCUGCCCGAAAGGGUUCCGCACGCUCGCGAAUGGCCACUGCGAGGACAUUGACGAGUGUGGCGAGGGGCAGCAGGUGUGCGGGUACGACGCGAUCUGUCUGAACACGAUCGGUGGCUUCGAGUGCAAGUGCCCGCUCGGCUACUCGGGCGAUCCGUACCAUGGGCUGUGCACGCUGGCGCAAAAGCGUUGCGCUGCGGACCGGGAGUGCGGUGCGAACGAGCGGUGCGUCCAGCCGGGUGAGUGUGUCUGCCCGCCGCCGUACUACAUGGACGCGUACGAUGGCAACCGGUGCAAGAGCCCGUGCGAGCGGUUCCCGUGCGGCAUGAAUGCGCGCUGCACGCCGUCCGAUCCGCCCCAGUGCAUGUGCGAGGUCGGGUUCAAGGGCGACCCGCUGACCGGCUGCAUCGACGAGGACGAGUGCGCUAACAGUCCGUGCGCGUACGGUGCGCAUUGCGUGAACCAGCGGGGCGGCUACAAGUGCGUCUGCCCUGCCGGGAUGGUGGGUGACGCGUACAAGGGCGGCUGCAUACUGGAGCAGGGCGCGGUCAAGAGCCAGUGCCGGCGGAACGAGGACUGCGCGGAUACGCUGGCCUGCGAGCGGGGCACUUGCGUGAGUCCGUGCGCGAGCCUGCUGUGCGGACCGAACGCGUUCUGCGAGCCGGAGAAGCAUGCGGCCUGGUGCCGGUGUCGGGCCGGUUUCAUCGAGGGCCCGGGAGGAGACUGUGUAUCACAAUGCGAAGGGUACAUGUGUGGCCAGGGAGCGAUGUGCAUUGUUUCCAACACCGGACCGACCUGCAAAUGUCCGCCGGGAGAGAUGGGAAACCCGUUCCCGGGCGGUGCCUGCACCACGGACCAAUGCUCCACCAGCAGACCGUGUGCCGAUCCGCAGGUUUGCAUUAACGGACGCUGCAAGCACAAGUGCGACGGGGUGAUCUGUGGCAUCGGAGCCACCUGCGACGCUGCCAGCGGGAAAUGCAUAUGCGAGCCGUACUUCGUCGGCAAUCCGGAGCUGAUUUGCAUGCCACCUGUCUCAUCGCCUGCCUGUGAACCUUCGUGCGGCCAGAACGCACACUGCGAGUAUGGCGUCGUGCAGAACGUGUGUGUGUGCAACCCCGGCACGACUGGCAAUCCGUACGGGCUAUGCGAGCCGCAGCAGCGCAACAUGUGUAGCCGGAUGCGGUGCGGAACGAACGCCGAGUGCCGCGAGUCGCUCGCCUCGGCGGAGUGCGUUUGUCCGGGCGGGUUCAGCGGCAACCCGUACGUGGCGUGCCGCGACGUGGACGAAUGUUCGGCGGUCGGUGUGUGCGGUGAGGGCGCGAUUUGCAUCAACUCGGAGGGCAGCUUUGACUGCCGUUGCCGGCCCGGGUACGGCGGCAAUCCGUUCGUGAUGUGUUCCGCGAUCGAGAAAACGGUUUGCACCAAUCCACGCCAGUGUCAGUGCGGCGCGAACAUGCAGUGUCCGCCCGGGUACGGUUGCGUGAGUGGCGUGUGCAACAAUCUGUGCGCCAACACGAGCUGCGGCCCACGGGCGGCCUGCGACGCGGGACGAUGCGUCUGUCCGCCCGGGUACACGGGCAAUGCGGCCGACCGCAAGACUGGCUGCGUGCCGGACGGCCAGUGCGACAGUGAUGCGGACUGCGAAGCGUCCAAGAUUUGCUUCCAAACGAGCAAAGGCGUGCGACGCUGUGUGGAUGCGUGCAGCAAGGUGCAGUGCGGCCCGAACGCGCUCUGCGUGUCGAACGAUCAUCGCAGCACGUGCAUCUGCGCACCGAGCUAUGUGGGCAAUCCGGGCGACCUGACGGUGGGUUGCCAGCAGGAGGCGAAGCUGGUGGCGGAGUGUCAAACCGACGGCGACUGCAAGCCGGGCCACGUGUGCACGGCUGUGACGGAGACCGGACACCAGGCGUGCGUCAAUCCGUGCAGCGCGGUAGAGUGUGGCGUGCACGAGGUGUGCACGGUCAAUGCGGUCAAUCAACCGGUCUGCCACUGUCAGAGCGGGUACCGCUGGAAUCCCGUUACCUCGGGGUGUGUGAAGCCCUCGAUCCCGGACUGUACAGCGGACGCGGACUGCCAUCAGGUUGCAGCCUGCCGGCCGGAUGCCGUGGGCGUGCUGAAGUGCAUUGCCGUGUGUACGGAGUUCACCUGCCCGCCGAACUCGGUGUGCGUGUCGUCCAAUCAUCGCGGCAGCUGCCAGUGUCUGCCAGGCUACACGGGCAACCCGAACGACCGCAAUGGCUGCCGUCCCGAGCAGCAGAAUACCUGCCUCACCAGUGCGGAGUGCGCAGAGUCGGACGCGUGCGUUGCGCACGACGGUGCGGCCCUGUCCUGCCGACCGGCCUGUGAGAGUGUGCAGUGUGGCCCGUACGCACUGUGCGUCACCAACAAUCACGCCGCGCAGUGCCAGUGUCCGCCGGGCUCGUACGCUGGCGAUCCAUACGACCUGGCGAAGGGAUGCCAGUCGGUGCCGUGCGUCUACAACCGGGACUGUCCCUCGAACCAGCUGUGCAAUCGCAUGACGCACAGCUGCGUGGACGUGUGUCAGGAGGAUACGUGCGGCGAGAAUGCGGUGUGCAUUGCGGAAAACCACCGCUCCGUGUGCCAGUGUCCGCCGGGAUAUCGGGCGAAUCCGAUUGCCGAGGUCGAAUGUGCGCAGGUGCGAUCGUGCGAUCCGAACCCGUGCCAUCCGACUGCUUCCUGCGAGCCGGGCCCGGAUGGGUACGUGUGCAAGUGUCCGGUAGGACAGAUCGGAAACCCUUUGACGGGAUGCCGACAGGAAGGGGCCUGUCCCGGGGGAGAUCGCGACUGUCCGGACGGUGCGGCCUGCGUGAACGGAAAGUGUAUCGAUCCGUGUCUGGCUGCGUGCGGCAUCAACUCGCAGUGCACGGUCGUGAACCGGGAACCGGUGUGUAGCUGCAAGGCGAAGUACGUCCCUGGCGCGACGGGAUCGGCACGAGACGGUUGUGUCCGAUCGAGCAGUGGCUGUAUGAGCGAUCUCGACUGCAACGGAGACGUGUGUCACGGUGGCCAGUGUGCGGUUGCGUGCCGCAACACCAACGACUGCUCGCCUGGAGAGCGUUGUCUUAGCAACGUUUGUGCCGUGCCCUGUUCCGAUCACAGCCAGUGCGGCCAGGGGCAGGCGUGCGCCGGUGGCAUCUGUACGAUCGGGUGCCGCAGCAGCCGCGACUGCAGCGGAACGACGGCCUGCAUUGACUUCAAGUGUACCGACCCGUGCACGGCGGACAGGAAUGCGUGCGGACCGAACGCGCUCUGCUCGGCGGUGGAUCACGUGCCCCAGUGUACCUGUCCGGCCGGGUUCGAGGGCAAUCCUUCGCCCGACCAGGGCUGCGUGCGGAUGCCGACCAGCUGCGAAACUUCGGCACAGUGUGCCGCGAGCCACAUGUGCAUCGGCAAUCUGUGCAGUUUGCCCUGCACCGAGACGUCGCCAUCCUGUGCGAUUGGAGAGCGGUGCGCUAACAGCGUUUGUGCGAAGGUUUGCUACACCAACAACAACUGUCUUCCCGGCGAGGUAUGCAGUGAGACGGGUGUAUGCGUGCCAGGAUGCGAAACCGACGCCGACUGCCCAUCGCAGCGCGUUUGCCAGGCGGGCAAGUGCAAGUGCAUGAAGGGCUUCAUCGGGACUCCGUUCGGAUGCGCCGAUAUUGAUGAGUGUUCCGAGCGGCCGUGCCAUGCGAGCGCGGUCUGCGAGAACAUUCCCGGCUCCUAUCGCUGCCAGUGUCCCGAGGGAGCAGUUGGGGACGCUUACGCUAGUCCGGGCUGCCGCAAGCCGAGCCAGUGUCGCCGGGAUGUCGACUGUGCGGACGAGCUGGCCUGCAUCGGAGGCAAAUGCCGCAGCCCGUGCAGCACGAAGCAGUGCAGCCGGAAUGCGGAGUGCCAGGUGGUGGGCCACCGGGCGGAAUGCUUCUGUCCGGCGGGAUACCUUGGCGAUGCGACGGACGGGGAGAUCGGCGGCAUCGGCUGCUUCAAGGUGGAGUGCGUGCACAACGAGGACUGCGGAGUGGAGCGGGCCUGCAGCGAGGAGUCGAACCGCUGCGUCAACCCCUGCGAGCAGCUCAACUGUGGCCGGGGAACGUGCCAGAUCCAGAACCAUGAGGCGGUGUGCGUUUGCUACCAGGGUUACACGUUCGCCAACGGCAAGUGUGAAGACAUCAACGAGUGCGCGCGCGAAUCCCCUGGCCCAUGCCACGAAACGGCAUUGUGCGAGAAUUUGCCGGGCAAUUAUCUGUGCUCCUGUCCGGCCGGACUGGUGGGCGACCCGGUGACUGCUGGCUGCAAGCGGGCCGAUGAAUGUCUGUCGAGCGAAGACUGCCCGAGCGGUGCAGUGUGUGUGAAUGCCCAAUGCCAAAAUCCGUGUGCCGAGGCGAAUGUGUGCGGCGAAAACGCACUGUGCACGGUGGUCGGCGAGCGGGCCCAAUGUGAGUGUCCCCCAGCGACCCGGGGCAAUCCGAAGGUAGCCUGCAAGCGGCUCGAGUGUACCACGGCGGACGAGUGUACGGCGGAUCGAACGUGCAUUGGCAAUCGCUGCAUCGAUCCGUGCUCGCUCAAGAGUGCGUGCGGCAGCAGUGCGAACUGCGUGUCGAAAAACCAUCUGGCCGUGUGCUCCUGUCAGCCGGGCACGACUGGCAAUCCGCUGCUGGGAUGUGUGCCGCUGCAGUACUGCAACGACGACCCGCAGUGCCCGACCGGCACGAAGUGUAGCGCUGGGGUGUGCUGCUCGCUGUGCGGCACCAACCGCGACUGUCUGGACGAUCAGCUGUGCAUACAGGGCGUGUGCCAGCCGACCUGUCGCUCCAACACCACCUGUCCCGACUUCCAGUACUGCCACAACGGCAUCUGCACGAAGGAGUUCAAAUGCCGGGCGGACGAUGAUUGCGGCGCGGACGAGAUGUGCAUCACGGACGCGAACGGGCGGUCUGAGUGUCGCAAUGCGUGCAACAGUGGGCGCGUUCUGUGCGGCCGCAAUGCCGACUGCAACGCACGCAACCAUGUGGCGGAGUGCGAGUGCAAGCAGGGCUUCUACCGGGAUGCGGGCGGCAUCUGCCGCAAGGUGGAGUGCGAGCGCGAUGACGACUGCUCGUCGGACAAGGUGUGCGAGAACCACGCGUGCAAGAUCGCCUGCCUGACGGGCGAGGCGCCCUGCGGCGCAAAUGCGCUCUGUUCGGCCGAAAACCAUCGCCAGGUGUGCUACUGUCAGCCGGGCUUCACCGGCGACCCGAAGCGGGGCUGCUCGCUGAUCGACUUCUGCAAGGAGCGACCGUGCGCACCGAACGCCAACUGUCGCAACAGCCGAGGCUCGUACCGGUGCUCGUGCCCGGCUGGGCUGGUGGGGGAUCCGUACCAGGGCGGCUGCAAGCGUGCGGCCGAAUGCGAGCGGAACAGUGACUGCCCGGAGGUGGCCGAGUGUGUGCAGGAGAACGGUGAAUCGAAGUGUCGCGAUGUUUGUGCCGGUGUUCAGUGUGGCCCGAACGCGGAGUGUGCCGCCCGGAAGCAUAAUGCGGAGUGCAAGUGCCGGCCGCGGUUCGAGGGCGAUCCGAAGGAUCUGACCAAUGGCUGCAAGCCGAAACCGAUGUCUUGCAAGCGCAAUAAUGACUGUCCGGAGAACUCGUACUGUCACGGGCAGAUCUGCAAACCGGCCUGCUCUGAAACGGACGAAUGUAACCAGGACGAGGUUUGCUCGAACGGGCAGUGCGUUAACCCGUGCCACGAGGUGAACGCCUGCGGUAUGAAUGCCGAGUGUUUGAUGGGAGCGCAUGCAAAGCAGUGCUCGUGUCCGGCAGGCUUCACCGGUGACGCAGCCGUCGAGUGUGUGCGAGUUCCGAUAUCGUGCGCGUCCAAUACGGACUGUACGGAUGGCAGCAUCUGCAAGGAGUCGAUGUGUUUGCCACGGUGCAGAAACGAUCAGGAGUGUGCACUGAACGAGAAAUGUCUGCAGGGUAGCUGUAUGCUGACGUGUCGUUUGGAUAACGAUUGCUUCCUGGGACACAUAUGUCUGGCGGGGCGAUGCGUUUACGGCUGUCACGCAGACAGUGACUGCAGUGCCAGCGAAACCUGCCGCGACAAUCGAUGCGUCAACCCGUGCCAGGAAAAUCCUUGCGGACCGAAUGCCGCAUGCACCGUGGUGAACCAUCGGGCCAGCUGCUCCUGCUUCAGCGGCAUGGUGCCCAGCCCGACCGCGAAGGUAGGCUGUGUGCGAGCUCCGGCCCUACAGUGUACGGAGAAUCGCGACUGUGCCGACGGUACGUCCUGCAUCGACCGGCUUUGCCGGCCAGUGUGUGCGAACGAUCAAAGCUGCCUGAACAACGAACGCUGCGAUGGCGGUUCGUGCAAGCCGAUCUGUCGCAAGGAUGACGAUUGCCGUACGGGCGAGAUCUGCCAAGGUCAAACGUGUAUGAUCGGUUGCCGAUCGGACGGUGGAUGUGCGGACCAUUUGACGUGCAGCGGGCAGCAGUGCGUCGAUCCAUGCCAGGAACCGAUGGCCUGUGGCACGAACGCCGAGUGUGUGGUCAUUGGACACCGGAAGCAGUGCAGCUGCCCGGCCGGCUUGGUGGGCGAUCCGUUCAGCUUGGGCUGCCGGCAGGAGACGCGCCUCUGUCAGGCGCGUACCGACUGUCCGAAGGGGCAGGCAUGCUACGGCGGUACCUGCAUGCAGACGUGCCGCAACGAUCAGAACUGUUUGGCCGACGAGCGGUGCGUUCGGGGAACGUGCCGAACAGUGUGCAACAGCGAUGCGGCCUGUGGCGAUGGAUUGAUCUGCGAGGGACGCAUCUGUCAAGCAGGGUGUCGAUCGGACAACCAGUGCAGCAACACGCAGGCCUGCAUCAACAAGAAGUGUACGGAUCCGUGCGCAACGCUCGGCCAGUGUGGCUCGUGCUCGGAGUGCAAGGUCAUCGAUCACGGUGUGCAGUGUAGCUGCCCGCAGGGAUACCUGGGCAAUCCGCUGCUGUCGUGCAGUCCGCCGGCAGAAAAGUGCAACGCGCAAUGUACCUGCGACGAGGACGGUAUGUACUGCGUGAAGGCCUGCCGCCAGCAGAAGGACUGCGGAUGUGGACAAACCUGCCACCGGGGCAAGUGCCGCAGCAAAUGCAACCCGGGCAACUGCCCGGCGGGACUACUCUGUCAGAAUGGGGCCUGUGUGGCGGGCUGUCGCACGAACGCCGACUGCCCCAGUGAGCGGUCCUGCACCAACGGCAAGUGUGUGGAUCCGUGUGCCGGUGGUAGAGCGUGCGGCAAGAAUGCGCUCUGCCAGGUGUCUGACCAUCGUUCGCUUUGCCUGUGCCCCGACGGUUUCCAGGGUGAUCCGUCGGUAGGCUGUGUGCAGUACGAAUGCCAAACCAACGUCGACUGCGAGCUGGACAAGAAGUGCGCGAGCGGAAAGUGCAUCAAUCCGUGCCUGAGCCCGGGUGCGUGCGGUCUGAACGCGCAGUGUCGCGUUGUGAACCGGCAGGCGCAGUGCAGCUGCACUCCCGGCUUCUUCGGCAAUGCGCGUCACGAGUGCCAGCCGGUACAGAAGAACGGCUGUGCUCAGAAUCCCUGCGGCGAGAAUACCGUUUGCCGGGAGGAUGAGAAUGGCUACGAAUGCUCCUGUCAGCCGGGUUGCGUGGGUGAUCCGCGACAGGGCUGCCUGUGCGAGGAAAAGCUCAAGAAGGACGAUUGCGAGCAGUACGCCUGUGGUACGAAUGCGGUCUGCCGCAUGACCGAAUGGGGUGCACCGUCGUGCGUCUGUUUGCCAACGCAUCCGCACGGUGACCCGUACAUGUCGUGCACUCAAGAUGAUACCGCGACCGACUGUCGAACGACUGGCUGUGCGGAAGGAGAGUGUGUUCGUGACGGUGCCAAGUUCAUCUGCCGCAAAGACGAAUCCUGUGCGAACGAUUUACAAUGCGCCAAUGAUAAGGCUUGCAUAGGAGGCAAAUGUUCCGAUCCGUGCUCGCUGCGAGGCGCAUGCGGUGACAAUGCACUCUGUCAGACGGUGCUGCACAGACCAAGAUGCUCAUGCCCGAACUGCUACAUCGGACGACCGAACGUCGAAUGCAAACCGGAUCCCAAAUGCGAAGAAGUGACCACCCCAAGACCGAAUGACCCGAAGAUUGUUUCGGUGGCAUGCGAGACAAACGGCGACUGUCAUGAAAGCCUGCGCUGCGACGCCAGCGGGCAGUGCAGCGAUCCGUGCACGGUACCGGCACCGUUCGUAUGCGACUCCAACAAGAAAUGUGUCUCGCGCCGUCAUCGGCCCAGUUGCGUCUGUGCGCACGGUUUCAUCGUGAAUGACAGUGGCGAGCUGGUGUGCGCUCCGGAAAAGCGCGAAUGCUUCGGCGACGAUGGUUGCGCCUCGAACAUGGCCUGCCUCGAUGGCCGUUGCGUAAAUCCGUGCUUUGCCAACGGUAGGCGCAGUGCGCCCUGCCCGGACGACAAGGCUUGCGUGGUGGUGGACCACAGGCCGACAUGCGUAUGCAUGAAGGACUGCAGUCCAUCACUGUCGAUUUGCUUGCGCGACAGCGGUUGUCCGGACGAGUUGGCCUGCCGAAAUUAUCAGUGCGUCAAUCCGUGCGAGACGACCACUUGUGCCGAAGACACACCAUGCUAUGUCGAAGAUCACAAACCAAUCUGUAAAUUCUGCCCGCCCGGCUUCGUUAAAGAUGUACGACAUGGAUGUUUGAAAGCGAUUGAAAAAGAUAAAAAUGAAGGAGAAAAAACUCAUGAAAUGCAGGGUAUCAACUGUUCGGUGCACUCCGACUGCGGCGAUAAAUUACACUGUUUAGUCGGCCUUUGCGUUGAUCCUUGUAGGUCUGGUUGUGGUGAACGGGCGCUUUGCACAGUGAAAGCACAUCUUCCCAUUUGUUCCUGUCCUUUCGGUUACACUGGCAACCCAUCCGAACGGUGUGUACCAUUGGACGGCAUUAAGAGUAACACUUCUGUCACGCUGAUGCCUGAAGGUAUGACUGAAUAUCCUGAGGAGUACUAUGAUGGACACAAAAUUGAUCGAUCAGAUGAGUUUACCACAGCUGAAACCACAGUGGAUACAACUACCACCUUCAUGGAUGGACCAAUUACACUAAGCACUACAGCACACGAAGAAGAUUUGAUUUCUAUGAAUCAAACCGCGGAUGUAAAUAACAUUAGCACGUCAACUGCAAGAGACGAAAGCUUUAGCGAUGCGAGCACAAUAGUACUCGAUUCUAUUUCAACCGUUAUUCCAAAUACUGAAACUGAUGAUACUCGAACCACAUUGAAGCCAUUUACUUCUACUGGCACAACAGAAGCUGGUGAUUUCAUAUCAGAGACAACAAUUGAAGAGAUUAUUUCCACGACUAAUGUUCCGAUGAAAACGACCAAUGCAACGGUAAAGCCAAAUAGUCAUUCAGAUACACUCACAAAACAAGAUCGCAAAUCCACUGAUUUGGAAGAGACUGAUCAACUACCAACUGUAACCACACCAAUCGAUGAUUAUUUUGUAGAGUUAUCAUCUACCUCUAAGCAUUACGAAUUCAUGCAAAACAGUGAGGCUACCGUUACGCCAUUGGGAAAGAAGACCAGCACUACAAGCAUGACUACUACUAGCACUGCUGCAUCUGCAACGGAUAUCAAUACCACUACUGAACAGUAUUUAUUGGACGAUCGCAGCAUACCACUUUCAACAUCCGAAUAUGACGGAGACGAUUACAUAGAUGAAGAGAGCACGUCAACAGCAUCGACGAUAGAAACGACCUUAGCAGCGAAAACGACCUACGAGUCCUAUCCUACGGGAACAACGGCGGAACCGAUCAUUGAAAUCAUUCAGUGCCGUGCCGAAAACGAUUGCAAUGCAAACGAAACCUGUGCUGGUAACAUCUGCAUCGAUCCAUGUGCUCAAUUUAAUCCCUGUCCUCAGGAUGUUCCUUGUCAAACCUUGAAUCAUGUCCCAAUGUGCUUGUGCAAUAGCGAUACCAAUACCGGGUACAGCGUUGAUUGUAUGAAAAAAUCAGAACUGGGAUGUAGGCAUAGCAACGAGUGUCCUUUGGAAAGAUCAUGCAUCAACGGUAUUUGUGUUGAUCCAUGCCGAUCGGGCAAUCCUUGCGAUAUUGGCGAAGAAUGCGAAGUUCAAAAUCACGAAACAGUUUGUGUGAAACUAUGCCAAUGUGAAAAAGCAUCAGACUGUGCAGGAGGAUUGAUAUGUGAUGGCUGUAACUGUGUUCAAAAAGAUACCGAUAGAACAACUGGUUGUGAGCAUUGCCCACCGGGCAUUCCUUGUGAUCCUAUCACUGGCGGUUGCGUCAAGGAACCACACACAACCACCGACACUUAUCCUGAUGUAAAUAGCACAAAUACAAAUAUAUUUGUCGAAGGAGGGAAUAAUCAAACAGUUAACAACGUAACAAACACAGCAAUAACAACAACGCCUAUGCCUGAGAGUGAUAUAGAAAAUUUAACACCUGACACAAGCAAACUUACCACUGCCCCGAAAGCAACAAUUUAUAUCACAGAAAAAGCAUCUGAAAAUGAGUCACUCUACGAUAUCGAAACAAGCACCCAGAAAACAUAUGCCCUAACAAAUUAUUCACAGAUAACCGACCACCUCCCAAACGAACAAAACACGACCAAUACGGACACAUUUUCGAACCCCACUACGCCUCAGAUUGCAAAAGAUUUCACGAUAACUAUUCCCAUAACAAUACAAAACUGGAUAAAUCAGCAACAAACAAGGCCAACAACUAGACAGCCACCAACAAAUCACAAUACAGAAACCACACGAUCGUACACCACAACCGAUACUACAGCUCGGCCCACUAUUCGUGAUGAUCAAACAACUCGAGUAGCUGACUCCGAUACAACCACGUCUUAUCCUGACGAGCGAACAACUCAACACGAUACAGAAACCACACGAUCGUACACCACAACCGAUACUACAGCUCGGUCCACUAUUCGUGAUGAUCAAACAACUCGAGUAGCUGACUCCGGUACAACCACGUCUUAUCCUGACGAGCGAACAACCCAACACGAUACAGAAACCACACGAUCGUACACCACAACCGAUACUACAGCUCGGCCCACUAUUUGUGAUGAUCAAACAACUCGAGUAGCUGACUCCGAUACAACCACGUCUUAUCCUGACGAGCGAACAACUCAACACGAUACAGAAACCACACAAUCGUACACCACAACCGAUACUACAGCUCGGUCCACUAUUCGUGAUGAUCAAACAACUCGAGUAGCUGACUCCGGUACAACCACGUCUUAUCCUGACGAGCGAACAACCCAACACGAUACAGAAACCACACGAUCGUACACCCCAACCGAUACUACAGCUCGGCCCACUAUUCGUGAUGAUCAAAUAACUCGAGUAGCUGACUCCGAUACAACCACGUCUUAUCCUGACGAGCGAACAACUCAACACGAUACAGAAAGCACACGAUUGUACACCACAACCGAUACUACAGCUCGGCCCACUAUUCGUGAUGAUCAAACAACUCGAGUAGCUGACUCCGAUACAACCACGUCUUAUCCUGACGAGCGAACAACUCAACACGAUACAGAAACCACACGAUCGUACACCACAACCGAUACUACAGCUCGGCCCACUAUUCGUGAUGAUCAAACAACUCGAGUAGCUGACUCUGAUACAACCACGUCUUAUCCUGACGAGCGAACAACUCAACACGAUACAGAAACCACACGAUUGUACACCACAACCGAUACUACAGCUCGGCACACUAUUCGUGAUGAUCAAACAACUCGAGUAGCUGACUCCGAUACAACCAUGUCUUAUCCUGACGAGCGAACAACUCAACACGAUACAGAAACCACACGAUCGUACACCUCAACCGAUACUACAGCUCGGCCCACUAUUCGUGAUGAUCAAACAACUCGAGUAGCUGACUCCGAUACAACCACGUCUUAUCCUGACGAGCGAACAACUCAACACGAUACAGAAACCACACGAUCGUACACCACAACCGAUACUACAGCUCGGCCCACUAUUCGUGAUGAUCAAACAACUCGAGUAGCUGACUCCGAUACAACCACGUCUUAUCCUGACGAGCGAACAACUCAACACGAUACAGAAACCACACGAUCGUACACCACAACCGAUACUACAGCUCGGCCCACUAUUCGUGAAGAUCAAACAACUCGAGUAGCUGACUCUGAUACAACCAUGUCUUAUCCUGACGAGCGAACAACUCAACACGAUACAGAAACCACACGAUCGUACACCACAACCGAUACUACAGCUCGGCCCACUAUUCGUGAUGAUCAAACAACUCGAGUAGCUGACUCCGAUACAACCACGUCUUAUCCUGACGAGCGAACAACUCAACACGAUACAGAAACCACACGAUCGUACACCACAACCAAUACUACAGCUCGGCCCACUAUUCGUGAUGAACAAACAACUCGAGUAGCUGACUCCGAUACAACCACGUCUUAUCCUGACGAGCGAACAACUCAACACGAUACAGAAACCACACGAUCGUACACCCCAACCGAUACUACAGCUCGGCCCACUAUUCGUGAUGAUCAAACAACUCGAGUAGCUGACUCCGAUACAACCACGUCUUAUCCUGACGAGCGAACAACUCAACACGAUACAGAAACCACACGAUUGUACACCACAACCGAUACUACAGCUCGGCCCACUAUUCGUGAUGAUCAAACAACUCGAGUAACUGACUCCGAUACAACCAUGUCUUAUCCUGACGAGCGAACAACUCAACACGAUACAGAAACCACACGAUCGUACACCUCAACCGAUACUACAGCUCGGCCCACUAUUCGUGAUGAUCAAACAACUCGAGUAGCUGACUCUGAUACAACCACGUCUUAUCCUGACGAGCGAACAACUCAACACGAUACAGAAACCACACGAUCGUACACCACAACCGAUACUAUAGCUCGGCCCACUAUUCGUGAUGAUCAAACAACUCGAGUAGCUGACUCCGAUACAACCACGUCUUAUCCUGACGAGCGAACAACUCAACACGAUACAGAAACCACACGAUUGUACACCACAACCGAUACUACAGCUCGGCCCACUAUUCGUGAUGAUCAAACAACUCGAGUAGCUGACUCCGAUACAACCACGUCUUAUCCUGACGAGCGAACAACUCAACACGAUACAGAAACCACACGAUCGUACACCCCAACCGAUACUACAGCUCGGCCCACUAUUCGUGAUGAUCAAACAACUCGAGUAGCUGACUCUGAUACAACCACGUCCUAUCCUGAUGAGCGAACAACUCAACACGAUACAGAAACCACACGAUCGUACACCACAACCGAUACUACAGCUCGGCCCACUAUUCGUGAUGAUCAAACAACUCGAGUAGCUGACUCCGAUACAACCACGUCUUAUCCUGACGAGCGAACAACUCAACACGAUACAGAAACCACACGAUCGUACACCACAACCGAUACUACAGCUCGGCCCACUAUUCGUGAUGAUCAAACAACUCGAGUAGCUGACUCCGAUACAACCACGUCUUAUCCUGACGAGCGAACAACCCAACACGAUACAGAAACCACACGAUCGUACACCACAACCGAUACUAUAGCUCGGCCCACUAUUUGUGAUGAUCAAACAACUCGAGUAGCUAACUCCGAUACAACCACGUCUUAUCCUGACGAGCGAACAACUCAACACGAUACAGAAACCACACGAUCGUACACCACAACCGAUACUACAGCUCGGCCCACUAUUCGUGAUGAUCAAACAACUCGAGUAGCUGACUCCGAUACAACCACGUCUUAUCCUGACGAGCGAACAACUCAACACGAUACAGAAACCACACGAUCGUACACCACAACCGAUACUACAGCUCGGCCCACUAUUCGUGAUGAUCAAACAACUCGAGUAGCUGACUCCGAUACAACCACGUCUUAUCCUGAUGAGCGAACAACUCAACACGAUACAGAAACCACACGAUCGUACACCCCAACCGAUACUACAGCUCGGCCCACUAUUCGUGAUGAUCAAACAACUCGAGUAGCUGACUCUGAUACAACCACGUCUUAUCCUGACGAGCGAACAACUCAACACGAUACAGAAACCACACGAUCGUACACCACAACCGAUACUAUAGCUCGGCCCACUAUUCGUGAUGAUCAAACAACUCGAGUAGCUGACUCCGAUACAACCACGUCUUAUCCUGACGAGCGAACAACUCAACACGAUACAGAAACCACACGAUUGUACACCACAACCGAUACUACAGCUCGGCCCACUAUUCGUGAUGAACAAACAACUCGAGUAGCUGACUCCGAUACAACCACGUCUUAUCCUGACGAGCGAACAACUCAACACGAUACAGAAACCACACGAUCGUACACCUCAACCGAUACUACAGCUCGGCCCACUAUUCGUGAUGAUCAAACAACUCGAGUAGCUGACUCCGAUACAACCACGUCUUAUCCUGACGAGCGAACAACUCAACACGAUACAGAAACCACACGAUCGUACACCCCAACCGAUACUACAGCUCGGCCCACUAUUCGUGAUGAUCAAACAACUCGAGUAGCUGACUCCGAUACAACCACGUCCUAUCCUGAUGAGCGAACAACUCAACACGAUACAGAAACCACACGAUCGUACUCCACAACCGAUACUACAGCUCGGCCCACUAUUCGUGAUGAUCAAACAACUCGAGUAGCUGACUCCGAUACAACCACGUCUUAUCCUGACGAGCGAACAACUCAACACGAUACAGAAACCACACGAUCGUACACCACAACCGAUACUACAGCUCGGCCCACUAUUCGUGAUGAUCAAACAACUCGAGUAGCUGACUCCGAUACAACCACGUCUUAUCCUGACGAGCGAACAACUCAACACGAUACAGAAACCACACGAUCGUACACCACAACCGAUACUACAGCUCGGCCCACUAUUCGUGAUGAUCAAACAACUCGAGUAGCUGACUCCGAUACAACCACGUCUUAUCCUGACGAGCGAACAACUCAACACGAUACAGAAACCACACGAUCGUACACCACAACCGAUACUACAGCUCGGCCCACUAUUCGUGAUGAUCAAACAACUCGAGUAGCUGACUCCGAUACAACCACGUCUUAUCCUGACGAGCGAACAACUCAACACGAUACAGAAACCACACGAUCGUACACCACAACCGAUACUACAGCUCGGCCCACUAUUCGUGAUGAUCAAACAACUCGAGUAGCUGACUCCGAUACAACCACGUCUUAUCCUGACGAGCGAACAACUCAACACGAUACAGAAACCACACGAUUGUACACCACAACUGAUACUACGGCUCGGCUCACUAUUCGUGACGAUCAAACAACUCGAGUAGCUGACUCCGAGACAACCACGUCUUAUCCUGACGAGCGAACAACUCAACACGAUACAGAAACCACACGAUUGUACACCACAACCGAUACCAUAGCUCGGCCCACUAUUCGUGAUGAUCAAACAACUCGAGUAGCUGACUCCGAUACAACCACGUCUUAUCCUGACAAGCGAACAACUCAACACGAUACAGAAACCACACGAUCGUACACCACAACCGAUACUACAGCUCGGCCCACUAUUCGUGAUGAUCAAACAACUCGAGUAGCUGACUCCGAUACAACCACGUCCUAUCCAGAUGAGCGAACAAUUCAACACGAUACAGACACCACACGAUCGUACACCACAACCGAUACUACAGCUCGGCCCACUAUUCGUGAUGAUCAAACAACUCGAGUAGCUGACUCCGAUACAACCACGUCUUAUCCUGACGAGCGAACAACUCAACACGAUACAGAAACCACACGAUUGUACACCACAACCGAUACUAUAGCUCGGCCCACUAUUCGUGAAGAUCAAACAACUCGAGUAGCUGACUCCGAUACAACCACGUCUUAUCCUGACGAGCGAACAACUCAACACGAUACAGAAACCACACGAUUGUACACCCCAACCGAUACUACAGCUCGGCCCACUAUUCGUGAUGAUCAAACAACUCGAGUAGCUGACUCCGAUACAACCACGUCUUAUCCUGACGAGCGAACAACUCAACACGAUACAGAAACCACACGAUCGUACACCCCAACCGAUACUACAGCUCGGCCCACUAUUCGUGAUGAUCAAACAACUCGAGUAGCUGACUCCGAUACAACCACGUCUUAUCCUGACGAGCGAACAACUCAACACGAUACAGAAACCACACGAUCGUACACCCCAACCGAUACUACAGCUCGGCCCACUAUUCGUGAUGAUCAAACAACUCGAGUAGCUGACUCCGAUACAACCACGUCUUAUCCUGACGAGCGAACAACUCAACACGAUACAGAAACCACACGAUCGUACACCCCAACCGAUACUACAGCUCGGCCCACUAUUCGUGAUGAUCAAACAACUCGAGUAGCUGACUCCGAUACAACCACGUCUUAUCCUGACGAGCGAACAACUCAACACGAUACAGAAACCACACGAUCGUACACCACAACCGAUACUACAGCUCGGCCCACUAUUCGUGAUGAUCAAACAACUCGAGUAGCUGACUCCGAUACAACCACGUCUUAUCCUGACGAGCGAACAACUCAACACGAUACAGAAACCACACGAUUGUACACCACAACCGAUACUACAGCUCGGCCCACUAUUCGUGAUGAUCAAACAACUCGAGUAGCUGACUCCGAUACAACCACGUCUUAUCCUGACGAGCGAACAACUCAACACGAUACAGAAACCACACGAUUGUACACCACAACCGAUACUACAGCUCGGCCCACUAUUCGUGAUGAUCAAACAACUCGAGUAGCUGACUCCGAUACAACCACGUCUUAUCCUGACGAGCGAACAACUCAACACGAUACAGAAACCACACGAUUGUACACCACAACUGAUACUACGGCUCGGCUCACUAUUCGUGACGAUCAAACAACUCGAGUAGCUGACUCCGAGACAAACACGUCGUAUUCUGACGAGCGAACAACUCAACACGAUACAGAAACCACACGAUCAUACACCACAACCGAUACUACAGCUCGGCCCACUAUUCGUGAUGAUCAAACAACUCGAGUAGCUGACUCCGAUACAACCACGUCUUAUCCUGACGAGCGAACAACUCAACACGAUACAGAAACCACACGAUCGUACACCACAACCGAUACUACAGCUCGGCCCACUAUUCGUGAUGAUCAAACAACUCGAGUAGCUGACUCCGAUACAACCACGUCCUAUCCUGAUGAGCGAACAACUCAACACGAUACAGAAACCACACGAUCGUACACCACAACCGAUACUACAGCUCGGCCCACUAUUCGUGAUGAUCAAACAACUCGAGUAGCUGACUCCGAUACAACCACGUCUUAUCCUGACGAGCGAACAACUCAACACGAUACAGAAACCACACGAUUGUACACCACAACCGAUACUAUAGCUCGGCCCACUAUUCGUGAUGAUCAAACAACUCGAGUAGCUGACUCCGAUACAACCACGUCUUAUCCUGACGAGCGAACAACUCAACACGAUACAGAAACCACACGAUCGUACACCACAACCGAUACUACAGCUCGGCCCACUAUUCGUGAUGAUCAAACAACUCGAGUAGCUGACUCCGAUACAACCACGUCUUAUCCCGACGAGCGAACAACUCAACACGAUACAGAAACCACACGAUUGUACACCACAACCGAUACUACAGCUCGGCCCACUAUUCGUGAUGAUCAAACAACUCGAGUAGCUGACUCCGAUACAACCACGUCUUAUCCUGACGAGCGAACAACUCAACACGAUACAGAAACCACACGAUCGUACACCCCAACCGAUACUACAGCUCGGCCCACUAUUCGUGAUGAUCAAACAACUCGAGUAGCUGACUCCGAUACAACCACGUCUUAUCCUGACGAGCGAACAACUCAACACGAUACAGAAACCACACGAUCGUACACCACAACCGAUACUACAGCUCGGCCCACUAUUCGUGAUGAUCAAACAACUCGAGUAGCUGACUCCAAUACAACCACGUCUUAUCCUGACGAGCGAACAACUCAACACGAUACAGAAACCACACGAUCGUACACCACAACCGAUACUACAGCUCGGCCCACUAUUCGUGAUGAUCAAACAACUCGAGUAGCUGACUCCGAUACAACCACGUCUUAUCCUGACGAGCGAACAACUCAACACGAUACAGAAACCACACGAUCGUACACCACAACCGAUACUACAGCUCGGCCCACUAUUCGUGAUGAUCAAACAACUCGAGUAGCUGACUCCGAUACAACCACGUCUUAUCCUGACGAGCGAACAACUCAACACGAUACAGAAACCACACGAUCGUACACCACAACCGAUACUACAGCUCGGCCCACUAUUCGUGAUGAUCAAACAACUCGAGUAGCUGACUCCGAUACAACCACGUCUUAUCCUGACGAGCGAACAACUCAACACGAUACAGAAACCACACGAUUGUACACCACAACCGAUACUACAGCUCGGCCCACUAUUCGUGAUGAUCAAACAACUCGAGUAGCUGACUCCGAUACAACCACGUCUUAUCCUGACGAGCGAACAACUCAACACGAUACAGAAACCACACGAUCGUACACCACAACCGAUACUACAGCUCGGCCCACUAUUCGUGAUGAUCAAACAACUCGAGUAGCUGACUCCGAUACAACCACGUCUUAUCCUGUCGAGCGAACAACUCAACACGAUACAGAAACCACACGAUCGUACACCACAACCGAUACUACAGCUCGGCCCACUAUUCGUGAUGAUCAAACAAAUCGAGUAGCUGACUCCGAUACAACCACGUCUUAUCCUGACGAGCGAACAACUCAACACGAUACAGAAACCACACGGUCGUACACCUCAACCGAUACUACAGCUCGGCCCACUAUUCGUGAUGAUCAAACAACUCGAGUAGCUGACUCUGAUACAACCACGUCUUAUCCUGACGAGCGAACAACUCAACACGAUACAGAAACCACACGAUUGUACACCACAACCGAUACUACAGCUCGGCCCACUAUUCGUGAUGAUCAAACAACUCGAGUAGCUGACUCCGAUACAACCACGUCUUAUCCUGACGAGCGAACAACUCAACACGAUACAGAAACCACACGAUCGUACACCACAACCGAUACUACAGCUCGGCCCACUAUUCGUGAUGAUCAAACAACUCGAGUAGCUGACUCCGAUACAACCACGUCUUAUCCUGACGAGCGAACAACUCAACACGAUACAGAAACCACACGAUCGUACACCACAACCGAUACUAUAGCUCGGCCCACUAUUCGUGAUGAUCAAACAACUCGAGUAGCUGACUCCGAUACAACCACGUCUUAUCCUGACGAGCGAACAACUCAACACGAUACAGAAACCACACGAUUGUACACCACAACCGAUACUACAGCUCGGCCCACUAUUCGUGAUGAUCAAACAACUCGAGUAGCUGACUCCGAUACAACCACGUCUUAUCCUGACGAGCGAACAACUCAACACGAUACAGAAACCACACGAUCGUACACCACAACCGAUACUACAGCUCGGCCCACUAUUCGUGAUGAUCAAACAACUCGAGUAGCUGACUCCGAUACAACCACGUCUUAUCCUGACGAGCGAACAACUCAACACGAUACAGAAACCACACGAUCGUUUUCCUCAACUGUUUUCCAGACUUUGAUUGAUCAAGAAUCAUCCAUAACACCGACAUUUAAUGACUUAAUGACAAAUAGUUUUGCUAUGAAAGCACAUAACAUGAUGACUUCACCUGACCUUUUGACUACUCUUUCAACGUUUGUGGAUAAUUUCGUGGGCUCAACAAUCGUUUUCACAAGUGAUGAAAAUAUCGAUGCGAACGAAGGAUCUAUAACCACCGCUACUUAUCCAAGUGAAAUGCAAAAUAACUCAAAUAUGCCACCAGCCACCAAAGCCUGUCAAUCCACCAAUGAGUGCACUGAGAAUGAAAUUUGUGUUAAAUCACAAUGUUUCUUACUUUGUAACUCAACCAAUCUCCCCCCUAACACUCCCUGCGCAAGAGAACCCCCAGGAUCUCCAAAAACACCAGAGCCUUGCCAAUCUGAUAACGACUGUCUGAAUAACGAAGCGUGCUACAUGGGCUUGUGCGAAAACCCUUGCUUAUUUGACGGCGUUUGUGCAGAAACUGCUACCUGCCAGGCUAAAAUGCAUCGUCCCAUUUGCACAUGUCCACCUGGACACGAGGGUAACCCGACUAUCAAGUGCACCGUGCUGGAGUCAAUACAAUGCACCACAAAUGAUGAAUGUUCACUUACGGAAGCCUGUGUUGGAAACGUGUGUCAAAGACCGUGCGAUGUAAAGAACACUUGCACGGCGAAUGCAGUUUGCAUCAAUACCAAUCAUGGUACUGAUUGCAGUUGCAUCGACGGAUAUCAUGGAAACGGUUUUGUACAAUGCGUACCAGUAACGACUGUAGGUUCAGUGUGCCAGUACAACGAAGAUUGUCCGCCCGAUAAGCUUUGCGAUCGGUUGAAUCGCAUCUGCAUCAAUCCUUGCCAAGCCGACUCUUGUGGCGACAAUGCAGAGUGUUUUGCAGUGAAUCAUGGAAUUGAUUGCCGCUGUCGGGCAGGGUACGUUGGUAAUGCUUACAUUGAGUGUACACAGCACCAAGGGUGUCUCUCGGAUCGGCAGUGCAACGACAAUGAAGCUUGUAUCCAGGGCCGCUGCUCAUCACCUUGCCAGUGUGGACCGAAUGCUAUGUGCGAUGUGAAACGGCAUAAAGCCGUGUGCCGUUGCCCACCGGGAUACGGUGGUAAUGCGCGCACUGGAUGCAAUCCGCCAAGCAAUCCGUGUGAACCAAACCCAUGCGGAAUCAAUGCAAUGUGUGAAAUCGACAAUGGCAGCCCGGUGUGUUUCUGUCCGCGCGGAUUAACUGGAAAUCCAUUCAAGAAUUGCAUUCCUGAAGGAAAUGAGUGCACACCAAAUCCAUGCGGACCCAACUCGGGAUGUCGCAAAAUCAACGGUAAACCGACGUGCUUCUGUCUGCCCGAGUUUGAAGGAAAUCCACCCCAGACGCCAUGUACGCUGCCACAAAACCCGUGUGUCCCGUCACCGUGCGGGCCCAACACUCAGUGCACAAUACUGAGCAAUGGGUAUGCAAAAUGCACAUGUGUGCCAGGGUACAUUGAAAGUCCCAACACGAUCCGUGGCUGUGUGGAACCGUCAAGCCCGUGCGAUCCGAAUCCCUGCGGCUUUGGAGCGAUCUGCGACGCAACGCGCAAUCCCGUAUGCUACUGUCCAGAUUCGAUGAUAGGCAAUCCCUAUCGUAAUUGCCUCGAGCCAGUUAUGACACCGGAGCUAUGUCAACCGGGACCAUGCGGUGCGAAUGCGGAUUGCUAUGUCGCAGAAGGCAGGGAGCAGUGUUACUGCAAGCCAAACUUUAUCGGUGAUCCGUAUGGAGGAUGCGUUGAGCAGCCACGGUCUGUAUGCGAACCGAAUCCCUGCGGUCCGGGAGCCGAGUGUGUGCUGCUGGUAGAUGGGGCACCGGGAUGCCGAUGCCCACCAGGGCUUAGCGGCGAUCCGACGACAACGGGAUGCCAUGCGUUCGAAUGCUUGAGCGAUGAUCAGUGUGCUGCGGACAAGGCUUGCAUCGGGCUGCGAUGUGCUGAUCCGUGUCCGGGAUCGUGUGGCGCGGGAGCGCAUUGUCGUGUCGAGAAACAUCAUCCAGUGUGCUUCUGUGACGCUGGUUUAACAGGCAAUCCCGCCGUACAGUGCUACAGCUUAGAUGAACGGCCUCGCGAUGCUUGCAACCCCAGCCCGUGCGGUGCAAAUGCUCGUUGUAGCGUGAGGAACAAACGGCCAGUGUGCAAGUGCCUAACGAACUACCAUGGAGAUCCGCGUAAAGGUUGUAAGCCUGAGUGUGACAUCAAUUCUGAUUGCACACCGGACAAGUCUUGCGUCAACCAUAAGUGUGUAUCGCCGUGUGCAUUGGGCACGGUGUGCGGCGUGAACGCAGAAUGUAGCGUUAAUUAUCACACACCGAUGUGUAAGUGUCCUUCGGGAUAUACGGGCGAUGCGUUCGUGCAGUGCGUGCCGAUACCGGAGGAUCGCAACAUGACCAGACAACCGUGCUCGUCGGAUCCGUGCGGUCCGGGAGAGGUUUGUUCAAUAUAUGGUAACGAUGUCGCUCUGUGCGAUCCGUGCGUAGCUCCGGAUGCAAUACAUAAUCCCCGAUGCCGACCUCAGUGUGUGCUGAACACGGAUUGUCCGUUCAAUAUGGCAUGCCUGCAGUCGGAAUGUCGAGAUCCCUGCCCGGGAUCGUGUGGAUACAACGCACUGUGCACCGUCGAGCGUCACCGACCAGUAUGCUACUGUCUGCCGGAGAUGUAUGGAAACCCUUACGAACAGUGUAAGCCACAGGAGAGUCCACGGGAAACGUGCGAUAGUAUUCGCUGUGGAGCAAACACGCAAUGCAAACAGCAGAAUGGCGUCUUGGCUUGUGUAUGUAAAAAGAACUACUACGGAGAUCCUUUGAUAGGCUGCCGACCAGAAUGCGUUGUUAACACGGAUUGUCCGAUCAGUAAGGCGUGCGUAAAUUCACGCUGCGUCGAUCCGUGCGUAGAUGCGUGCGGGGUGAGCGCGCAGUGCAAAGUGGUUAAUCAUUUGCCGAUUUGCUUCUGUCCGCCCACCCACACCGGUGAUGCGCUGGUUGCAUGCACGGAACGAACGUACCUUCCACCGGACAAUACACCGUGCGACCCGAACCCCUGCGGACCGAACAGUAAAUGCCGUACUACACCCGAUGGGUACGCCAUUUGCUCGUGCUUACCGGGGUAUCGUGGAGUGCCACCCGCCUGCCAAGCCGAAUGUAUGAUCAAUGCAGAGUGUCCGCAGAACAAGGCGUGUAUCAAUCUAAAGUGUGCCGACCCAUGUCCGGGUACGUGCGGCGUCGGUGCACGCUGCGAAGUGCUGAAUCACAAUCCGAUCUGCAGCUGUGGAGCCAACCAGCAGGGAGAUCCGUUUGUGAUCUGCGAGGCACGACAAAACGAACCACCAGUGGAGCAGAAGAAUCCCUGCGAUCCAUCGCCCUGCGGACCGAACUCAAUUUGUCAGGUACGUGGUCGACGGCCGGUGUGUUCGUGUCAGCCGAACUUUAUCGGUUCUCCGCCGGCCUGCCGCCCGGAGUGUGUACUAAGCUCCGAAUGUCCCCAGGACAAAGCGUGCAUCAACGAGAAGUGUCAAAAUCCAUGCGCUAACGCGUGCGGUGCUAAUGCUGACUGUCACAUCGUGGCACAUUCUGCGUUCUGUAGCUGCCGUGCUGGAUUUGAAGGAGAUGCUUUCAUUGGAUGUUCUGCAGUGCCGAAGGACACACCGAAGGAUGUGUGCUAUCCGAACCCGUGUGCAGAAAAUGCGGUAUGUAGUGAGCACAAUGGCGCCGCCAAGUGUACCUGCAUCACGCCGUACCUGGGAGAUCCGUACAAUACGGGAUGUCGACCGGAGUGCGUACUGAACUCGGACUGUCCCAGCCACACGGCGUGCAUCAAUCAACACUGUCGCGAUCCGUGCCCGGGUGUGUGCGGUACGAACGCGGACUGUACCGUGGCCAAUCACAUUCCGGUGUGCGAAUGCAGUCGCGGAUACGUAGGUGAUCCGUUCCGUGGCUGUCGUCGGGAAGUACCACCACCAGUGGCACCGAAAGAUCCGUGUGCGUCCUGUCCAUCGAACAGCGUAUGUCGAGUAGUAGGAGGCCGACCAACAUGUUCCUGUCCGGAGGGAUACCGCGGAACACCGCCAGCAUGCAGGCCGGAAUGCUCAAGCAGUGAAGAAUGCCCGCACGACCGCAGCUGUAUUAACCUGAAGUGUGCCGAUCCGUGCCCUGGGCUGUGCGGUAUAAACGCGCAAUGCCAAGUGAUCAAUCACAAACCGUUUUGCAGUUGUCAGCGUGACAUGAUUGGUAAUCCGUUCGAACAGUGUUAUCCGAAACCGGCGGAAACAGUGCAUCCAUGUCAGCCAAGCCCGUGUGGCGCGUACUCGGAAUGCCGUGAGAUUGACAAUCGUGCAGUGUGUACGUGUGCUGCUGGUAUGCUCGGAACACCACCGAACUGCAGACCGGAGUGCGAAACAGAUCAAGACUGUCCGUCGAAUCGAGCGUGCUUCAAUCAGAAGUGCCGUGAUCCCUGUGUGGGCUCCUGUGGAUACAAUGCGCAGUGCAGCACCCGUAACCAUCGACCCGAGUGUUAUUGUGUUGAUGGGUUCGAAGGGGAUCCGUACAGUGGUUGCAAUCCAGUCGCUAUUAAACGGGACGAAAUAAUUGACCCAUGCAAUCCGUCCCCUUGCGGGUCGAACGCGAUCUGCAAGGAUCGAAACGGUGCUGGUUCUUGUAAAUGCAUGCCCAAUUAUUUCGGUGAUCCAUACGUCAACUGCCGACCGGAAUGUGUUCAAAGUUCGGAAUGUCCGUCUACCAAGGCAUGCGUCAACAUGCGCUGCAUUGACCCAUGUCUUGGCACGUGCGGGCUUAACAGUGAAUGUCGUGUACAUAACCAUUCGCCGUACUGUAGCUGUAGUCCUGGUUAUACGGGCAAUCCAUCACAGGCUUGCCGUCCUAUCGUGGUAGAAAAUCUCCCUGCCCGUCAUCCGAUAGACCCCUGUUCACCAUCUCCGUGUGGUCCGUACAGCAUAUGCAGGGUGCUGGACGGUCAUCCGGUUUGCUCAUGCCAAAUCAGUUGUUCAGGCGUUCCACCCAAUUGUCGUCCAGAAUGUCUCAUAAACGCAGAAUGCCCUCGCGACAGAACAUGUAUCAAUCAACGAUGCAUCGAUCCGUGCCCGGGUACGUGCGGAAUGAAUGCACGGUGCCGCGUGGUAAAUCACAAUCCAAUUUGCAGCUGUAACGCUGGAUUUAUCGGUGAUCCAUUUGUGCAGUGCUCACCGGAGCCAACACAACCGAUAUUGGAGGAAGAGUACAGGAAUCCGUGUCAGCCGUCACCGUGUGGAGUGAACUCCGUGUGCAAAGUACACAACAAUCGAGCUGUGUGCUCGUGUCUGCCCAACUACGUGGGUCGUCCGCCAAGCUGUAGACCCGAAUGUGCGGUAGACUCGGAAUGUCCCAUGAAUUUGGCUUGCAUUAAUGAAAAGUGCCGCAAUCCUUGUCUUGGAUCGUGUGGAGUUAAUACCGAAUGCGCUGUAGUAGCUCACAAACCUUUGUGCAGUUGCACACCAGACUACAGUGGAGAUCCUUUUGCUGGAUGCAGCAUUAUUCCGAUCGUACAACAAGAAACUCCUAUGCCAUGUAAUCCGAGCCCAUGCGGAGCAAAUGCUAUCUGCAAGGAGCGCAAUGGUGCGGGAUCAUGCACUUGUGCGCCGGAAUAUUUCGGCGAUCCAUACGUUGGGUGUCGUCCGGAGUGUGUAAUGAACAGCGACUGUCCUAGAACACGAGCAUGUAUAAACAACAAAUGUCAAGAUCCGUGCCCAGGAACGUGCGGAGUAAAUGCCGAGUGCCAUGUUGUGAAGCACGCUCCAAGUUGCGUUUGCUUGACAGGAUUUAUAGGGAACCCGUUCACGGAGUGUAGACCUCAGCCGGAAAUUCGAGAUGAGCCUGUAGUUCAACCAUGCCAACCGUCACCAUGCGGCCCGAACAGCGUGUGUCGCGUGCUGAACAAUCAUGCCGUAUGCACAUGCAAGCAGAAUUAUAUUGGUUCACCACCCAACUGUCGUCCAGAGUGUGUGGUCAGCUCGGAGUGUCCGCUAGACAAAUCAUGCGUUAAGACCAAGUGUGUGGAUCCUUGUCCAGGCACAUGCGGUUUCAAUGCACGAUGCCAAGUAGUGAACCACAAUCCUAUCUGCAGCUGCAAGGCUGGCUUUACAGGAGAUCCAUUCGUACGGUGUAUACCGGAAGAACGUCGUCCUGUCGUACAGGAAACCCCUACCGAUCCUUGCAUUCCGUCUCCCUGUGGACCAAAUUCUCAAUGCAAGGCCGUUGGUCAUACGGCGGCCUGUUCUUGUCUGCCAAAUUAUAUCGGACGCGCACCGAACUGUCGCCCCGAGUGUACUUCCAACUCUCAGUGUACGCCGAUGAAGGCGUGCAUCAAUGAACGCUGUGGUGACCCUUGUCCAGGAUCUUGUGGCUCUAAUGCGCUCUGCACAGUCCAAAACCAUCAGCUCAACUGUCGUUGCAUUGAAGGAUACGAAGGCGAUCCAUAUACCUCAUGUAACCCUGUUAUAAUACACCGUGAACCAGAAAUAGUAGAUCCCUGCAAUCCAUCCCCGUGUGGCAUAAACGCGGAAUGUAAUGUACGCAACAACGCAGGUUCCUGCACUUGUGUGAAGGAUUACUACGGUGAUCCUUAUCACGAGUGCCGGCCUGAGUGUAUGCUCAGCUCGGACUGUCCGAAUACUCGGGCAUGUUUGAACAACAAAUGCGUCGAUCCGUGCCCGGGCAUGUGUGGUCUGAACGCGGAAUGCUUCGUCAUGAACCAUUCGCCUUCUUGCUCUUGCCUGCCGGGCUACACUGGAAACCCAUCACAAGCAUGUCGCGAGAUACCGAAACAAAUCGAACACACUCCUAUCGAUCCAUGUCGUCCGUCGCCCUGUGGCCCGUACAGCCAGUGCCGCAAUGUGAACGAACAUGCCGUCUGUUCGUGUCAGGCCAAUUACAUUGGUUCGCCACCGGCUUGCCGUCCAGAAUGUACUGUUAGCUCCGAAUGUGCACUGGAUAAGGCUUGUAUCAAGCAGUCGUGCUUGGAUCCGUGUCCUGGUACGUGCGGUUUUAACGCUCGUUGUACGAUGAUCAAUCACAAUCCUAUCUGUAGCUGUCCCUCCGGUUUUACCGGAGAUCCAUUCGAACGAUGUGUGCCAGAAGAAAAACAAGUGGUUCAAGCUGAACCUACGAACCCCUGCCUUCCAUCGCCGUGCGGACCAAAUUCACAGUGCCGAGCUGUCGGAAACGUGCCGGCUUGCUCGUGCUUGCCCAACUAUGUUGGUCGAGCUCCGAACUGCCGGCCCGAAUGUACGAUCAAUGCGGAAUGCUCUGGUAAUCUUGCCUGCGUCAAUGAAAAGUGCGCCGACCCAUGCCCGGGAUCGUGCGGCCCUAAUGCUGUUUGUCGCGUGAUUGAACAUUCGCCUUCCUGCUCCUGCCAAACCGGAUAUACGGGAGAUCCUUUCUCCGGCUGUACAGUUAUUCCUUUAACACCUGUUCGCGAAGAAUCUAGAAACCCAUGCAACCCUUCGCCCUGUGGAUCGAACGCGGUAUGCAAGGAACGGAACGGUGCUGGAUCAUGUACAUGUCUGCCGGAUUACUUUGGCGAUCCGUACAGUGGCUGUCGACCGGAGUGUGUUACCAACAGCGACUGCCCUCGUGUGAGGGCUUGCGUGAAUAAUAAGUGCGCUGACCCUUGCCCGGGUGUUUGCGGUAUUGACGCAGAAUGUUAUGUAGUCAAUCACUCGCCAAGUUGUGCUUGCCGACCAGACUAUACCGGUGAUCCGUUCACGCAAUGUCGUCCACCAGAGCAACCUAAACAAAAUGAACCGAUCAAUCCAUGCACUCCGUCUCCAUGUGGUCCUAAUAGUAUCUGCCGCGAAUCGAAUGGGCAUGCCGUUUGCACGUGCCAGGCCAGUUUUAUCGGAACGCCACCAAACUGCCGACCGGAAUGUAUCGUCAGCUCGGAGUGCGCUCUUGAUAAGGCUUGCAUUGGCCAAAAGUGUAACGAUCCAUGUCCUGGUACUUGCGGGCAGAAUGCACGUUGCCAAGUGGUUAAUCAUAACCCAAUCUGUAGCUGUUCACUUGGCUUCACCGGAGAUCCGUUUGUUCGAUGCGUACCAGUCGAAAAAGCUCCGGUCGUACAAGAUCCCGUAGAUCCAUGCGUUCCAUCACCUUGUGGGCCAAACUCCGUCUGCCGAGCUAUUGGGUCGACACCUGCAUGUUCUUGUUUGCCAAACUACAUCGGCCGAGCACCAAACUGCCGUCCAGAGUGCAUGCUCAAUGCCGAAUGUCCAGCCACGUUGGCAUGUGUAAACGAACGAUGUACUAACCCUUGUGUAGGAUCUUGUGGUAUUAACGCACGGUGUACAGUAGUGAAACACAAUCCGAUCUGUGAGUGUGAGGCUGGAUUUACCGGAGAUCCGUUCUCUGUCUGUACAGAAAUUGUUCCCAUACGUGACGUGGAACCGGUCAAUCCAUGCAAUCCAUCGCCGUGCGGUGCCAAUGCAGUAUGUAAAGAAAGAAAUGGAGCUGGAUCGUGUACUUGUAUGCCAGAAUAUUUCGGUGACCCAUACACAGGAUGCCGUCCGGAAUGUGUACAGAACACAGACUGCGAAAAGUCGAAGGCAUGCAUGAACAACAAAUGCCGCGAUCCGUGUCCAGGUGUUUGCGGGUUGAAUGCUGAAUGUGUCGUUCAAAACCACAGUCCCGUAUGCUUCUGCUUAGAAGGAUACACAGGUGAUCCGGCCAGUACCUGUACUUUGGCCGAGAUUGUAACCGAGCGUCCUAAGACUCCUGGAUGCCAACCAUCACCGUGCGGACCAAACAGUCAAUGUCGAGAAAUCAAUGGACAUCCAGUGUGCUCCUGCUUGGCGGGUUACAUUGGAACGCCACCGAUGUGUCGUCCGGAAUGCGUCGUCAGUUCGGAGUGUAGUCAGGAUCGCGCCUGCGUAAACAAGAAAUGUGUAGAUCCAUGCCCAGGAACGUGUGGUGCCGAGGCACGGUGUCAAGUUGUUAAUCACAAUCCAAUAUGUAGCUGUCCUCCCGGGUUUACUGGAGAUCCAUUCGUGCAGUGCGCAAAGAAAGAAGAACAGAAGGACAUUACUCCUGUAAAUCCUUGUGUGCCUUCGCCAUGCGGGCCUAAUUCAAACUGUCGAACUGUUGGCAGUCAGCCUGCCUGUUCAUGCGCCGCCAACUAUAUAGGACGACCGCCGAACUGUCGACCGGAGUGCACCAGAGACGCCGAAUGUCCAAGUAAUUUGGCAUGUCAGAACGAAAAAUGUGUGGAUCCUUGCGUGGCUGGUUGUGGAUUUAAUGCAGUUUGCCGAGUCAUCAAUCAUAAGCCAGUUUGUACAUGUGACGAAGGUUUCGAAGGAAAUCCGCUAGAACAAUGUAGUCGCAUUCUGCCGCCUACAACAGAGAGGCUAACACCUUGUACUCCUUCGCCAUGUGGACCUAACGCUGAAUGCCGAGAACGGAACAAUGCUGGAGCAUGUUAUUGCCUAACGGGCUAUGAAGGCAAUCCGUAUGAUGUCUUUUCGGGUUGUCGUCGUGAAUGUGACGUGAAUGCUGAUUGUCCAGACAAACUGGCAUGCGUACAGUAUAAAUGUGUCGAUCCAUGUCCAGGUGUUUGUGGUGCUCAAGCAUUGUGUGAAAUUCAAAAUCAUGUACCAACAUGCAUUUGUCCCGAAGGUACAGUUGGUGAUCCUUUUGUACAGUGCAAUCUACGGAUGGCAGAUCCAGUUACACCUGCAGCACCUAUGUGUGACAAGUAUACAUGCGGUCCAAAUAGUAUUUGCCGUAUACAAAAUGGUGUUGCUGUUUGUAAAUGUCAGCCAGAUAUGGUUGGUAGCCCACCAAACUGUCGACCAGAAUGCCAGCAAAAUAGUGACUGUGAGGUCAACCGGGCUUGCGUUAAUUUGAAGUGCAUAGAUCCAUGCCCCGGUUCGUGCGGACAAAAUGCCAACUGUAACAUCAUCAACCAUAACCCAAUAUGUAGCUGUGCUCCUGGAUUCACCGGUGAUCCAUUCACUCGAUGUUACAAAGAAAUUAUAACUACCUCAACAACAGAGGCUCCAAGAGCAUUGUGCACACCAUCACCAUGUGGACCAAAUGCUGAAUGUAAAGUUAUCGGCGACCGAGAGGCAUGUUCCUGUUUACCAGGUUAUAUAGGAGCACCGCCAAGCUGUAGGCCAGAGUGUAUUUUAAGCACGGAAUGUGCUGAUAACCAAGCAUGCAUCAGGCAAAAGUGUGAGGAUCCUUGUCCGGGAUCUUGUGGUCUGAAUGCAAAAUGUUCUGUAUCGCGACAUACGCCAAGCUGCAGUUGUGAUGCUGGAUUUACCGGAGAUCCAUUUACAGGUUGUCAAGCCAUAAUUGAGGAUGUUCCAGUAUUGCACCCAUGUAAUCCUAGCCCAUGCGGAGCCAACGCUCAAUGUAGGGAACAAAACGGUGCUGGAGCAUGCACAUGUAUUGAGGAUCAUUUUGGAAACCCUUACGAAGGAUGCCGUCCAGAGUGUGUGCUCAAUUCCGACUGCCCAUCGAACAGGGCUUGCGUUAGGAACAAAUGUCAAGACCCUUGCCCAGGAACCUGUGGUCAGAAUGCUGACUGCCAGGUCGUCAAUCACCUGCCCUCUUGUACCUGUUUCCCCGGAUACGAAGGAGAUCCGUUCCGAUAUUGUAACAUUCAACAAAGAGAACCGGUACAAGAGUAUGUCAAUCCUUGCCAACCGAGUCCCUGUGGUCCCAACAGUCAAUGCCGAGAGGUUAACGGACAGGCCGUUUGCUCGUGUCUGCCCACUUAUGUUGGUUCUCCUCCGGGAUGUCGCCCAGAGUGUGUGGUGAGCUCGGAAUGCGCCCUGGAUAAGGCUUGUGUCAACCAGAAGUGCGUUGAUCCGUGCCCUGGAACGUGCGGAACCAAUGCUAGGUGCAACGUCAAUAACCACAGCCCCAUUUGCUCAUGUCAAUCAGGAUUCACUGGUGAUCCGUUCACGAGAUGCUACCCCAUACCACCUCCGGUACAAGAUACUCCGAUCGUUGUAAGGAACCCGUGCGUUCCUUCUCCGUGCGGUCCAAACUCACAGUGCCGUGAUGUAAACGGCUCUCCUUCGUGUUCAUGUCUGAUCAACUACAUUGGAUCUCCGCCUAAUUGUCGCCCAGAGUGUACAAUUAACGCGGAAUGUCCAAGCAAUCAGGCGUGCAUGAACGAGAAGUGUCGGGACCCUUGUCCGGGAUCGUGUGGCAUCAAUGCAAGAUGCAAUGUGAUCAACCAUACUCCCAUUUGUACAUGCGAGGAAGGAUACACUGGAGAUCCUUUCACAAGCUGUCGACCCAUGCCACCACCACGUAAGAAACUCUCCCCCAAUCUUUGGCUUCCAGAUCUCUUCAUAACGAAUCCCCUUUAUUCAACAGCGCCUGAGCCCGUCAAUGAUGAUCCGUGCAAUCCUUCGCCCUGCGGGGCUAAUGCGCAAUGCCAGAACGGUAUUUGCACAUGUUUGCCAGAGUACCAGGGCGAUCCGUACCGAGGCUGCAGGCCAGAGUGCGUCUUGAACUCGGACUGCGCUCGGGAUAGGGCCUGUAUUCGUAGCAAAUGUGUAGAUCCUUGUCCGGGUACGUGCGGUCAAGAUGCACUGUGCGAGGUGAUCAAUCACAUUCCGAUGUGCCGUUGUCCGGAUGGAAUGGCCGGAAAUGCAUUCGUGCAGUGUCGACCACAGCAAGCACCGGUUGUGACGAACCCAUGCAGUCCAUCGCCUUGCGGUCCUAAUAGCCAGUGUCGCGAAAUCAAUGGACAAGCCGUCUGCUCUUGUGUUCCGGGAUACAUUGGAAGCCCUCCGACGUGUCGUCCGGAGUGUGUUGUGAGCGCUGAAUGUCCUCAGAAUCAAGCGUGCACUAACCAGAAAUGUAGGGAUCCAUGCCCUGGAACAUGUGGAGUAGGAGCCAGGUGCUCGGUUGUGAAUCACAAUCCAAUUUGCAGCUGUCCAGAAAGAUACACAGGCGAUCCGUUCGUACGCUGUCAGCCCAUGAUCGAGCCUCCAGUACAAAUGACCCCCAGCAACCCUUGCCAACCGUCUCCUUGCGGACCAAAUGCACAGUGCCGCGCAGUGGGUGAUUCGCCAUCUUGCACUUGCAUAGAGGGUAUGAUAGGCGCACCACCCAAUUGCCGCCCGGAAUGCAUCAGCAACUCCGAUUGCUCAAACAAUUUAGCAUGCAUACGACAAAAGUGUCAAGAUCCUUGUCCUGGCGCGUGUGGAGCCAACGCGGAAUGUAGGGUUGUCAGCCAUACUCCGAUGUGCAUUUGUGCCGUUGGAUAUACUGGCGAUCCUUUCACUCAGUGCGUACCUUUCCAACAAGAUACGCCCAAGGAUCAGACGACGCCUUGCCUCCCCAACCCAUGCGGAGCCAACGCUCAAUGUAGGGAACAAAACGGUGCUGGAGCAUGCACAUGUAUUGAGGAUCAUUUUGGAAACCCUUACGAAGGAUGCCGUCCAGAGUGUGUGCUCAAUUCCGACUGCCCAUCGAACAGGGCUUGCGUUAGGAACAAAUGUCAAGACCCUUGCCCAGGAACCUGUGGUCAGAAUGCUGACUGCCAGGUCGUCAAUCACCUGCCCUCUUGUACCUGUUUCCCCGGAUACGAAGGAGAUCCGUUCCGAUAUUGUAACAUUCAACAAAGAGAACCGGUACAAGAGUAUGUCAAUCCUUGCCAACCGAGUCCCUGUGGUCCCAACAGUCAAUGCCGAGAGGUUAACGGACAGGCCGUUUGCUCGUGUCUGCCCACUUAUGUUGGUUCUCCUCCGGGAUGUCGCCCAGAGUGUGUGGUGAGCUCGGAAUGCGCCCUGGAUAAGGCUUGUGUCAACCAGAAGUGCGUUGAUCCGUGCCCUGGAACGUGCGGAACCAAUGCUAGGUGCAACGUCAAUAACCACAGCCCCAUUUGCUCAUGUCAAUCAGGAUUCACUGGUGAUCCGUUCACGAGAUGCUACCCCAUACCACCUCCGGUACAAGAUACUCCGAUCGUUGUAAGGAACCCGUGCGUUCCUUCUCCGUGCGGUCCAAACUCACAGUGCCGUGAUGUAAACGGCUCUCCUUCGUGUUCAUGUCUGAUCAACUACAUUGGAUCUCCGCCUAAUUGUCGCCCAGAGUGUACAAUUAACGCGGAAUGUCCAAGCAAUCAGGCGUGCAUGAACGAGAAGUGUCGGGACCCUUGUCCGGGAUCGUGUGGCAUCAAUGCAAGAUGCAAUGUGAUCAACCAUACUCCCAUUUGUACAUGCGAGGAAGGAUACACUGGAGAUCCUUUCACAAGCUGUCGACCCAUGCCACCACCACCGCCUGAGCCCGUCAAUGAUGAUCCGUGCAAUCCUUCGCCCUGCGGGGCUAAUGCGCAAUGCCAGAACGGUAUUUGCACAUGUUUGCCAGAGUACCAGGGCGAUCCGUACCGAGGCUGCAGGCCAGAGUGCGUCUUGAACUCGGACUGCGCUCGGGAUAGGGCCUGUAUUCGUAGCAAAUGUGUAGAUCCUUGUCCGGGCACGUGCGGUCAAGAUGCACUGUGCGAGGUGAUCAAUCACAUUCCGAUGUGCCGUUGUCCGGAUGGAAUGGCCGGAAAUGCAUUCGUGCAGUGUCGACCACAGCAAGCACCGGUUGUGACGAACCCAUGCAGUCCAUCGCCUUGCGGUCCUAAUAGCCAGUGUCGCGAAAUCAAUGGACAAGCCGUCUGCUCUUGUGUUCCGGGAUACAUUGGAAGCCCUCCGACGUGUCGUCCGGAGUGUGUUGUGAGCGCUGAAUGUCCUCAGAAUCAAGCGUGCACUAACCAGAAAUGUAGGGAUCCAUGCCCUGGAACAUGUGGAGUAGGAGCCAGGUGCUCGGUUGUGAAUCACAAUCCAAUUUGCAGCUGUCCAGAAAGAUACACAGGCGAUCCGUUCGUACGCUGUCAGCCCAUGAUCGAGCCUCCAGUACAAAUGACCCCCAGCAACCCUUGCCAACCGUCUCCUUGCGGACCAAAUGCACAGUGCCGCGCAGUGGGUGAUUCGCCAUCUUGCACUUGCAUAGAGGGUAUGAUAGGCGCACCACCCAAUUGCCGCCCGGAAUGCAUCAGCAACUCCGAUUGCUCAAACAAUUUAGCAUGCAUACGACAAAAGUGUCAAGAUCCUUGUCCUGGCGCGUGUGGAGCCAACGCGGAAUGUAGGGUUGUCAGCCAUACUCCGAUGUGCAUUUGUGCCGUUGGAUAUACUGGCGAUCCUUUCACUCAGUGCGUACCUUUCCAACAAGAUACGCCCAAGGAUCAGACGACGCCUUGCCUCCCCAACCCAUGCGGAGCCAACGCUCAAUGUAGGGAACAAAACGGUGCUGGAGCAUGCACAUGUAUUGAGGAUCAUUUUGGAAACCCUUACGAAGGAUGCCGUCCAGAGUGUGUGCUCAAUUCCGACUGCCCAUCGAACAGGGCUUGCGUUAGGAACAAAUGUCAAGACCCUUGCCCAGGAACCUGUGGUCAGAAUGCUGACUGCCAGGUCGUCAAUCACCUGCCCUCUUGUACCUGUUUCCCCGGAUACGAAGGAGAUCCGUUCCGAUAUUGUAACAUUCAACAAAGAGAACCGGUACAAGAGUAUGUCAAUCCUUGCCAACCGAGUCCCUGUGGUCCCAACAGUCAAUGCCGAGAGGUUAACGGACAGGCCGUUUGCUCGUGUCUGCCCACUUAUGUUGGUUCUCCUCCGGGAUGUCGCCCAGAGUGUGUGGUGAGCUCGGAAUGCGCCCUGGAUAAGGCUUGUGUCAACCAGAAGUGCGUUGAUCCGUGCCCUGGAACGUGCGGAACCAAUGCUAGGUGCAACGUCAAUAACCACAGCCCCAUUUGCUCAUGUCAAUCAGGAUUCACUGGUGAUCCGUUCACGAGAUGCUACCCCAUACCACCUCCGGUACAAGAUACUCCGAUCGUUGUAAGGAACCCGUGCGUUCCUUCUCCGUGCGGUCCAAACUCACAGUGCCGUGAUGUAAACGGCUCUCCUUCGUGUUCAUGUCUGAUCAACUACAUUGGAUCUCCGCCUAAUUGUCGCCCAGAGUGUACAAUUAACGCGGAAUGUCCAAGCAAUCAGGCGUGCAUGAACGAGAAGUGUCGGGACCCUUGUCCGGGAUCGUGUGGCAUCAAUGCAAGAUGCAAUGUGAUCAACCAUACUCCCAUUUGUACAUGCGAGGAAGGAUACACUGGAGAUCCUUUCACAAGCUGUCGACCCAUGCCACCACCACGUAAGAAACUCUCCCCCAAUCUUUGGCUUCCAGAUCUCUUCAUAACGAAUCCCCUUCAUUCAACAGCGCCUGAGCCCGUCAAUGAUGAUCCGUGCAAUCCUUCGCCCUGCGGGGCUAAUGCGCAAUGCCAGAACGGUAUUUGCACAUGUUUGCCAGAGUACCAGGGCGAUCCGUACCGAGGCUGCAGGCCAGAGUGCGUCUUGAACUCGGACUGCGCUCGGGAUAGGGCCUGUAUUCGUAGCAAAUGUGUAGAUCCUUGUCCGGGUACGUGCGGUCAAGAUGCACUGUGCGAGGUGAUCAAUCACAUUCCGAUGUGCCGUUGUCCGGAUGGAAUGGCCGGAAAUGCAUUCGUGCAGUGUCGACCACAGCAAGCACCGGUUGUGACGAACCCAUGCAGUCCAUCGCCUUGCGGUCCUAAUAGCCAGUGUCGCGAAAUCAAUGGACAAGCCGUCUGCUCUUGUGUUCCGGGAUACAUUGGAAGCCCUCCGACGUGUCGUCCGGAGUGUGUUGUGAGCGCUGAAUGUCCUCAGAAUCAAGCGUGCACUAACCAGAAAUGUAGGGAUCCAUGCCCUGGAACAUGUGGAGUAGGAGCCAGGUGCUCGGUUGUGAAUCACAAUCCAAUUUGCAGCUGUCCAGAAAGAUACACAGGCGAUCCGUUCGUACGCUGUCAGCCCAUGAUCGAGCCUCCAGUACAAAUGACCCCCAGCAACCCUUGCCAACCGUCUCCUUGCGGACCAAAUGCACAGUGCCGCGCAGUGGGUGAUUCGCCAUCUUGCACUUGCAUAGAGGGUAUGAUAGGCGCACCACCCAAUUGUCGCCCGGAAUGCAUCAGCAACUCCGAUUGCUCAAACAAUUUAGCAUGCAUACGACAAAAGUGUCAAGAUCCUUGUCCUGGCGCGUGUGGAGCCAACGCGGAAUGUAGGGUUGUCAGCCAUACUCCGAUGUGCAUUUGUGCCGUUGGAUAUACUGGCGAUCCUUUCACUCAGUGCGUACCUUUACAACAAGAUACGCCCAAGGAUCAGACGACGCCUUGCCUCCCCAACCCAUGCGGAGCCAACGCUCAAUGUAGGGAACAAAACGGUGCUGGAGCAUGCACAUGUAUUGAGGAUCAUUUUGGAAACCCUUACGAAGGAUGCCGUCCAGAGUGUGUGCUCAAUUCCGACUGCCCAUCGAACAGGGCUUGCGUUAGGAACAAAUGUCAAGACCCUUGCCCAGGAACCUGUGGUCAGAAUGCUGACUGCCAGGUCGUCAAUCACCUGCCCUCUUGUACCUGUUUCCCCGGAUACGAAGGAGAUCCGUUCCGAUAUUGUAACAUUCAACAAAGAGAACCGGUACAAGAGUAUGUCAAUCCUUGCCAACCGAGUCCCUGUGGUCCCAACAGUCAAUGCCGAGAGGUUAACGGACAGGCCGUUUGCUCGUGUCUGCCCACUUAUGUUGGUUCUCCUCCGGGAUGUCGCCCAGAGUGUGUGGUGAGCUCGGAAUGCGCCCUGGAUAAGGCUUGUGUCAACCAGAAGUGCGUUGAUCCGUGCCCUGGAACGUGCGGAACCAAUGCUAGGUGCAACGUCAAUAACCACAGCCCCAUUUGCUCAUGUCAAUCAGGAUUCACUGGUGAUCCGUUCACGAGAUGCUACCCCAUACCACCUCCGGUACAAGAUACUCCGAUCGUUGUAAGGAACCCGUGCGUUCCUUCUCCGUGCGGUCCAAACUCACAGUGCCGUGAUGUAAACGGCUCUCCUUCGUGUUCAUGUCUGAUCAACUACAUUGGAUCUCCGCCUAAUUGUCGCCCAGAGUGUACAAUUAACGCGGAAUGUCCAAGCAAUCAGGCGUGCAUGAACGAGAAGUGUCGGGACCCUUGUCCGGGAUCGUGUGGCAUCAAUGCAAGAUGCAAUGUGAUCAACCAUACUCCCAUUUGUACAUGCGAGGAAGGAUACACUGGAGAUCCUUUCACAAGCUGUCGACCCAUGCCACCACCACCGCCUGAGCCCGUCAAUGAUGAUCCGUGCAAUCCUUCGCCCUGCGGGGCUAAUGCGCAAUGCCAGAACGGUAUUUGCACAUGUUUGCCAGAGUACCAGGGCGAUCCGUACCGAGGCUGCAGGCCAGAGUGCGUCUUGAACUCGGACUGCGCUCGGGAUAGGGCCUGUAUUCGUAGCAAAUGUGUAGAUCCUUGUCCGGGUACGUGCGGUCAAGAUGCACUGUGCGAGGUGAUCAAUCACAUUCCGAUGUGCCGUUGUCCGGAUGGAAUGGCCGGAAAUGCAUUCGUGCAGUGUCGACCACAGCAAGCACCGGUUGUGACGAACCCAUGCAGUCCAUCGCCUUGCGGUCCUAAUAGCCAGUGUCGCGAAAUCAAUGGACAAGCCGUCUGCUCUUGUGUUCCGGGAUACAUUGGAAGCCCUCCGACGUGUCGUCCGGAGUGUGUUGUGAGCGCUGAAUGUCCUCAGAAUCAAGCGUGCACUAACCAGAAAUGUAGGGAUCCAUGCCCUGGAACAUGUGGAGUAGGAGCCAGGUGCUCGGUUGUGAAUCACAAUCCAAUUUGCAGCUGUCCAGAAAGAUACACAGGCGAUCCGUUCGUACGCUGUCAGCCCAUGAUCGAGCCUCCAGUACAAAUGACCCCCAGCAACCCUUGCCAACCGUCUCCUUGCGGACCAAAUGCACAGUGCCGCGCAGUGGGUGAUUCGCCAUCUUGCACUUGCAUAGAGGGUAUGAUAGGCGCACCACCCAAUUGCCGCCCGGAAUGCAUCAGCAACUCCGAUUGCUCAAACAAUUUAGCAUGCAUACGACAAAAGUGUCAAGAUCCUUGUCCUGGCGCGUGUGGAGCCAACGCGGAAUGUAGGGUUGUCAGCCAUACUCCGAUGUGCAUUUGUGCCGUUGGAUAUACUGGCGAUCCUUUCACUCAGUGCGUACCUUUACAACAAGAUACGCCCAAGGAUCAGACGACGCCUUGCCUCCCCAACCCAUGCGGAGCCAACGCUCAAUGUAGGGAACAAAACGGUGCUGGAGCAUGCACAUGUAUUGAGGAUCAUUUUGGAAACCCUUACGAAGGAUGCCGUCCAGAGUGUGUGCUCAAUUCCGACUGCCCAUCGAACAGGGCUUGCGUUAGGAACAAAUGUCAAGACCCUUGCCCAGGAACCUGUGGUCAGAAUGCUGACUGCCAGGUCGUCAAUCACCUGCCCUCUUGUACCUGUUUCCCCGGAUACGAAGGAGAUCCGUUCCGAUAUUGUAACAUUCAACAAAGAGAACCGGUACAAGAGUAUGUCAAUCCUUGCCAACCGAGUCCCUGUGGUCCCAACAGUCAAUGCCGAGAGGUUAACGGACAGGCCGUUUGCUCGUGUCUGCCCACUUAUGUUGGUUCUCCUCCGGGAUGUCGCCCAGAGUGUGUGGUGAGCUCGGAAUGCGCCCUGGAUAAGGCUUGUGUCAACCAGAAGUGCGUUGAUCCGUGCCCUGGAACGUGCGGAACCAAUGCUAGGUGCAACGUCAAUAACCACAGCCCCAUUUGCUCAUGUCAAUCAGGAUUCACUGGUGAUCCGUUCACGAGAUGCUACCCCAUACCACCUCCGGUACAAGAUACUCCGAUCGUUGUAAGGAACCCGUGCGUUCCUUCUCCGUGCGGUCCAAACUCACAGUGCCGUGAUGUAAACGGCUCUCCUUCGUGUUCAUGUCUGAUCAACUACAUUGGAUCUCCGCCUAAUUGUCGCCCAGAGUGUACAAUUAACGCGGAAUGUCCAAGCAAUCAGGCGUGCAUGAACGAGAAGUGUCGGGACCCUUGUCCGGGAUCGUGUGGCAUCAAUGCAAGAUGCAAUGUGAUCAACCAUACUCCCAUUUGUACAUGCGAGGAAGGAUACACUGGAGAUCCUUUCACAAGCUGUCGACCCAUGCCACCACCACCGCCUGAGCCCGUCAAUGAUGAUCCGUGCAAUCCUUCGCCCUGCGGGGCUAAUGCGCAAUGCCAGAACGGUAUUUGCACAUGUUUGCCAGAGUACCAGGGCGAUCCGUACCGAGGCUGCAGGCCAGAGUGCGUCUUGAACUCGGACUGCGCUCGGGAUAGGGCCUGUAUUCGUAGCAAAUGUGUAGAUCCUUGUCCGGGUACGUGCGGUCAAGAUGCACUGUGCGAGGUGAUCAAUCACAUUCCGAUGUGCCGUUGUCCGGAUGGAAUGGCCGGAAAUGCAUUCGUGCAGUGUCGACCACAGCAAGCACCGGUUGUGACGAACCCAUGCAGUCCAUCGCCUUGCGGUCCUAAUAGCCAGUGUCGCGAAAUCAAUGGACAAGCCGUCUGCUCUUGUGUUCCGGGAUACAUUGGAAGCCCUCCGACGUGUCGUCCGGAGUGUGUUGUGAGCGCUGAAUGUCCUCAGAAUCAAGCGUGCACUAACCAGAAAUGUAGGGAUCCAUGCCCUGGAACAUGUGGAGUAGGAGCCAGGUGCUCGGUUGUGAAUCACAAUCCAAUUUGCAGCUGUCCAGAAAGAUACACAGGCGAUCCGUUCGUACGCUGUCAGCCCAUGAUCGAGCCUCCAGUACAAAUGACCCCCAGCAACCCUUGCCAACCGUCUCCUUGCGGACCAAAUGCACAGUGCCGCGCAGUGGGUGAUUCGCCAUCUUGCACUUGCAUCGAGGGUAUGAUAGGCGCACCACCCAAUUGCCGCCCGGAAUGCAUCAGCAACUCCGAUUGCUCAAACAAUUUAGCAUGCAUACGACAAAAGUGUCAAGAUCCUUGUCCUGGCGCGUGUGGAGCCAACGCGGAAUGUAGGGUUGUCAGCCAUACUCCGAUGUGCAUUUGUGCCGUUGGAUAUACUGGCGAUCCUUUCACUCAGUGCGUACCUUUCCAACAAGAUACGCCCAAGGAUCAGACGACGCCUUGCCUCCCCAACCCAUGCGGAGCCAACGCUCAUUGUAGGGAACAAAACGGUGCUGGAGCAUGCACAUGUAUUGAGGAUCAUUUUGGAAACCCUUACGAAGGAUGCCGUCCAGAGUGUGUGCUCAAUUCCGACUGCCCAUCGAACAGGGCUUGCGUUAGGAACAAAUGUCAAGACCCUUGCCCAGGAACCUGUGGUCAGAAUGCUGACUGCCAGGUCGUCAAUCACCUGCCCUCUUGUACCUGUUUCCCCGGAUACGAAGGAGAUCCGUUCCGAUAUUGUAACAUUCAACAAAGAGAACCGGUACAAGAGUAUGUCAAUCCUUGCCAACCGAGUCCCUGUGGUCCCAACAGUCAAUGCCGAGAGGUUAACGGACAGGCCGUUUGCUCGUGUCUGCCCACUUAUGUUGGUUCUCCUCCGGGAUGUCGCCCAGAGUGUGUGGUGAGCUCGGAAUGCGCCCUGGAUAAGGCUUGUGUCAACCAGAAGUGCGUUGAUCCGUGCCCUGGAACGUGCGGAACCAAUGCUAGGUGCAACGUCAAUAACCACAGCCCCAUUUGCUCAUGUCAAUCAGGAUUCACUGGUGAUCCGUUCACGAGAUGCUACCCCAUACCACCUCCGGUACAAGAUACUCCGAUCGUUGUAAGGAACCCGUGCGUUCCUUCUCCGUGCGGUCCAAACUCACAGUGCCGUGAUGUAAACGGCUCUCCUUCGUGUUCAUGUCUGAUCAACUACAUUGGAUCUCCGCCUAAUUGUCGCCCAGAGUGUACAAUUAACGCGGAAUGUCCAAGCAAUCAGGCGUGCAUGAACGAGAAGUGUCGGGACCCUUGUCCGGGAUCGUGUGGCAUCAAUGCAAGAUGCAAUGUGAUCAACCAUACUCCCAUUUGUACAUGCGAGGAAGGAUACACUGGAGAUCCUUUCACAAGCUGUCGACCCAUGCCACCACCACCGCCUGAGCCCGUCAAUGAUGAUCCGUGCAAUCCUUCGCCCUGCGGGGCUAAUGCGCAAUGCCAGAACGGUAUUUGCACAUGUUUGCCAGAGUACCAGGGCGAUCCGUACCGAGGCUGCAGGCCAGAGUGCGUCUUGAACUCGGACUGCGCUCGGGAUAGGGCCUGUAUUCGUAGCAAAUGUGUAGAUCCUUGUCCGGGCACGUGCGGUCAAGAUGCACUGUGCGAGGUGAUCAAUCACAUUCCGAUGUGCCGUUGUCCGGAUGGAAUGGCCGGAAAUGCAUUCGUGCAGUGUCGACCACAGCAAGCACCGGUUGUGAAGAACCCAUGCAGUCCAUCGCCUUGCGGUCCUAAUAGCCAGUGUCGCGAAAUCAAUGGACAAGCCGUCUGCUCUUGUGUUCCGGGAUACAUUGGAAGCCCUCCGACGUGUCGUCCGGAGUGUGUUGUGAGCGCUGAAUGUCCUCAGAAUCAAGCGUGCACUAACCAGAAAUGUAGGGAUCCAUGCCCUGGAACAUGUGGAGUAGGAGCCAGGUGCUCGGUUGUGAAUCACAAUCCAAUUUGCAGCUGUCCAGAAAGAUACACAGGCGAUCCGUUCGUACGCUGUCAGCCCAUGAUCGAGCCUCCAGUACAAAUGACCCCCAGCAACCCUUGCCAACCGUCUCCUUGCGGACCAAAUGCACAGUGCCGCGCAGUGGGUGAUUCGCCAUCUUGCACUUGCAUAGAGGGUAUGAUAGGCGCACCACCCAAUUGCCGCCCGGAAUGCAUCAGCAACUCCGAUUGCUCAAACAAUUUAGCAUGCAUACGACAAAAGUGUCAAGAUCCUUGUCCUGGCGCGUGUGGAGCCAACGCGGAAUGUAGGGUUGUCAGCCAUACUCCGAUGUGCAUUUGUGCCGUUGGAUAUACUGGCGAUCCUUUCACUCAGUGCGUACCUUUACAACAAGAUACGCCCAAGGAUCAGACGACGCCUUGCCUCCCCAACCCAUGCGGAGCCAACGCUCAAUGUAGGGAACAAAACGGUGCUGGAGCAUGCACAUGUAUUGAGGAUCAUUUUGGAAACCCUUACGAAGGAUGCCGUCCAGAGUGUGUGCUCAAUUCCGACUGCCCAUCGAACAGGGCUUGCGUUAGGAACAAAUGUCAAGACCCUUGCCCAGGAACCUGUGGUCAGAAUGCUGACUGCCAGGUCGUCAAUCACCUGCCCUCUUGUACCUGUUUCCCCGGAUACGAAGGAGAUCCGUUCCGAUAUUGUAACAUUCAACAAAGAGAACCGGUACAAGAGUAUGUCAAUCCUUGCCAACCGAGUCCCUGUGGUCCCAACAGUCAAUGCCGAGAGGUUAACGGACAGGCCGUUUGCUCGUGUCUGCCCACUUAUGUUGGUUCUCCUCCGGGAUGUCGCCCAGAGUGUGUGGUGAGCUCGGAAUGCGCCCUGGAUAAGGCUUGUGUCAACCAGAAGUGCGUUGAUCCGUGCCCUGGAACAUGCGGAACCAAUGCUAGGUGCAACGUCAAUAACCACAGCCCCAUUUGCUCAUGUCAAUCAGGAUUCACUGGUGAUCCGUUCACAAGAUGCUACCCCAUACCACCUCCGGUACAAGAUACUCCGAUCGUUGUAAGGAACCCGUGCGUUCCUUCUCCGUGCGGUCCAAACUCACAGUGCCGUGAUGUAAACGGCUCUCCUUCGUGUUCAUGUCUGAUCAACUACAUUGGAUCUCCGCCUAAUUGUCGCCCAGAGUGUACAAUUAACGCGGAAUGUCCAAGCAAUCAGGCGUGCAUGAACGAGAAGUGUCGGGACCCUUGUCCGGGAUCGUGUGGCAUCAAUGCAAGAUGCAAUGUGAUCAACCAUACUCCCAUUUGUACAUGCGAGGAAGGAUACACUGGAGAUCCUUUCACAAGCUGUCGACCCAUGCCACCACCACGUAAGAAACUCUCCCCCAAUCUUUGGCUUCCAGAUCUCUUCAUAACGAAUCCCCUUCAUUCAACAGCGCCUGCGCCCGUCAAUGAUGAUCCGUGCAAUCCUUCGCCCUGCGGGGCUAAUGCGCAAUGCCAGAACGGUAUUUGCACAUGUUUGCCAGAGUACCAGGGCGAUCCGUACCGAGGCUGCAGGCCAGAGUGCGUCUUGAACUCGGACUGCGCUCGGGAUAGGGCCUGUAUUCGUAGCAAAUGUGUAGAUCCUUGUCCGGGCACGUGCGGUCAAGAUGCACUGUGCGAGGUGAUCAAUCACAUUCCGAUGUGCCGUUGUCCGGAUGGAAUGGCCGGAAAUGCAUUCGUGCAGUGUCGACCACAGCAAGCACCGGUUGUGACGAACCCAUGCAGUCCAUCGCCUUGCGGUCCUAAUAGCCAGUGUCGCGAAAUCAAUGGACAAGCCGUCUGCUCUUGUGUUCCGGGAUACAUUGGAAGCCCUCCGACGUGUCGUCCGGAGUGUGUUGUGAGCGCUGAAUGUCCUCAGAAUCAAGCGUGCACUAACCAGAAAUGUAGGGAUCCAUGCCCUGGAACAUGUGGAGUAGGAGCCAGGUGCUCGGUUGUGAAUCACAAUCCAAUUUGCAGCUGUCCAGAAAGAUACACAGGCGAUCCGUUCGUACGCUGUCAGCCCAUGAUCGAGCCUCCAGUACAAAUGACCCCCAGCAACCCUUGCCAACCGUCACCUUGCGGACCAAAUGCACAGUGCCGCGCAGUGGGUGAUUCGCCAUCUUGCACUUGCAUAGAGGGUAUGAUAGGCGCACCACCCAAUUGCCGCCCGGAAUGCAUCAGCAACUCCGAUUGCUCAAACAAUUUAGCAUGCAUACGACAAAAGUGUCAAGAUCCUUGUCCUGGCGCGUGUGGAGCCAACGCGGAAUGUAGGGUUGUCAGCCAUACUCCGAUGUGCAUUUGUGCCGUUGGAUAUACUGGCGAUCCUUUCACUCAGUGCGUACCUUUCCAACAAGAUACGCCCAAGGAUCAGACGACGCCUUGCCUCCCCAACCCAUGCGGAGCCAACGCUCAAUGUAGGGAACAAAACGGUGCUGGAGCAUGCACAUGUAUUGAGGAUCAUUUUGGAAACCCUUACGAAGGAUGCCGUCCAGAGUGUGUGCUCAAUUCCGACUGCCCAUCGAACAGGGCUUGCGUUAGGAACAAAUGUCAAGACCCUUGCCCAGGAACCUGUGGUCAGAAUGCUGACUGCCAGGUCGUCAAUCACCUGCCCUCUUGUACCUGUUUACCCGGAUACGAAGGAGAUCCGUUCCGAUAUUGUAACAUUCAACAAAGAGAACCGGUACAAGAGUAUGUCAAUCCUUGCCAACCGAGUCCCUGUGGUCCCAACAGUCAAUGCCGAGAGGUUAACGGACAGGCCGUUUGCUCGUGUCUGCCCACUUAUGUUGGUUCUCCUCCGGGAUGUCGCCCAGAGUGUGUGGUGAGCUCGGAAUGCGCCCUGGAUAAGGCUUGUGUCAACCAGAAGUGCGUUGAUCCGUGCCCUGGAACGUGCGGAACCAAUGCUAGGUGCAACGUCAAUAACCACAGCCCCAUUUGCUCAUGUCAAUCAGGAUUCACUGGUGAUCCGUUCACAAGAUGCUACCCCAUACCACCUCCGGUACAAGAUACUCCGAUCGUUGUAAGGAACCCGUGCGUUCCUUCUCCGUGCGGUCCAAACUCACAGUGCCGUGAUGUAAACGGCUCUCCUUCGUGUUCAUGUCUGAUCAACUACAUUGGAUCUCCGCCUAAUUGUCGCCCAGAGUGUACAAUUAACGCGGAAUGUCCAAGCAAUCAGGCGUGCAUGAACGAGAAGUGUCGGGACCCUUGUCCGGGAUCGUGUGGCAUCAAUGCAAGAUGCAAUGUGAUCAACCAUACUCCCAUUUGUACAUGCGAGGAAGGAUACACUGGAGAUCCUUUCACAAGCUGUCGACCCAUGCCACCACCACCGCCUGAGCCCGUCAAUGAUGAUCCGUGCAAUCCUUCGCCCUGCGGGGCUAAUGCGCAAUGCCAGAACGGUAUUUGCACAUGUUUGCCAGAGUACCAGGGCGAUCCGUACCGAGGCUGCAGGCCAGAGUGCGUCUUGAACUCGGACUGCGCUCGGGAUAGGGCCUGUAUUCGUAGCAAAUGUGUAGAUCCUUGUCCGGGCACGUGCGGUCAAGAUGCACUGUGCGAGGUGAUCAAUCACAUUCCGAUGUGCCGUUGUCCGGAUGGAAUGGCCGGAAAUGCAUUCGUGCAGUGUCGACCACAGCAAGCACCGGUUGUGACGAACCCAUGCAGUCCAUCGCCUUGCGGACCUAAUAGCCAGUGUCGCGAAAUCAAUGGACAAGCCGUCUGCUCUUGUUUGUCCGGCUAUUUCGGAAGCCCGCCCAUGUGCCGUCCGGAAUGCACUGGUAACUCCGAAUGUUUGCUUUCGCUGGCGUGUAUCAAUUUCAAGUGUGCGGAUCCAUGUCCUGGUAGCUGUGGAUAUUCUGCGCGCUGUACAACGGUCAACCACAACCCCAUAUGUACUUGUCCUCCAAAAAUGACCGGCGAUCCGUUCACAAGAUGUUAUGAAAUCGCUGAAAAAUCUCCACCUCUGAACAUACCCGCCGAUCCAUGCCAACCAUCUCCCUGCGGUCCCAAUGCUCUUUGUGCGAAUAACAACGGUGUACCAUCGUGUAGCUGCCAGCCAGAAAUGGUUGGCUCUCCGCCAAAUUGUCGCCCAGAGUGCACUAGUCACUCGGACUGUUCACGUAUCCAGGCAUGUUCCAAACAAAAAUGUGUUGAUCCUUGUCUGAACGCGUGCGGUUCCAAUGCCAGAUGCCACGUUUCAUUGCAUGUAGCAAACUGUUUCUGUCCGGACGGAUACGAAGGGGACCCGUUCCGCGUAUGUACAUUAAAAAUUACCACGCCGCCGCCACAGGCUGAACCGAGAGAUCCAUGCUAUCCAUCUCCGUGCGGUGUUAAUGCACGAUGCCGUCCGGCAAAUGGCGAAACAGCGAUUUGUGAAUGCAUUGAAAACUACUUCGGAAACCCGUACGAAUCUUGUCGACCGGAGUGCGUUGCCAAUGGAGACUGUCAAAAGUCCUUGGCUUGCAUUAACAAUCGCUGCAAGGAUCCAUGCCCUGGCGUAUGUGGCAGGAAUGCAGAAUGUGCCGUAGUUAACCACACUCCCGUCUGCUCGUGUCCCGAUGGAAUGAAGGGCAACGCGUUUGAGCAAUGUUUGCGCGAGGAAGUCACUUCACCGCCAUCAGACCCAUGCUAUCCAUCGCCUUGUGGCCAGAACACAGUGUGCCGUGUGUUCAACGGUAAUGCUGUUUGCGAAUGCUUGCCCGAGUUCAAGGGAAGUCCUUUCGGCCGGGGCUGUUACCCCGAGUGCGUGAUUAACAGCGACUGUCCGAGGGAUAGAACGUGCGUCAACAAAAAAUGCGUCGAUCCCUGUCCAGGCGUAUGUGGUUACCGAGCCGAAUGCCACGCGAUCAACAACAGUCCGGUCUGCUCGUGCCCGAGGGACAUGAUCGGUGAUCCGUUCGUCGAGUGCAAGGUUGCACCGCCGAAGGAUCCGUGUAACCCGUCGCCCUGCCGUACCAACGGUAUUUGCCGUGUGGUUGGUGAUCGUGCAGAAUGCCAGUAUCCGGAAUGUAUCAUCAACUCCGACUGUUCCACCAAUCGAGCAUGCUACAAUCAACGGUGCCAGGAUCCUUGCGUCGGUGCAUGUGGUAUCAAUGCGCUGUGUAGUGUAAUCAAUCACUCACCGGUAUGUUCGUGUCCGGCUCGCCAUGCUGGUUCGCCGUUCGUGCAGUGCGUACCGCAACGCGACGAACCGCAGCAGCCACAGCCGGAAUGCACUAGCGACGGCCAGUGUACCAAUGACAAGGCGUGCAUCGGUGGACAGUGCCAGAAUCCUUGCACCGUCAGCACAGGAAUUUGCACCCAGAACGCCGAGUGUCGCGUGCAGUUCCAUCGUGCGAUUUGCGCUUGCCGCGAAGGGUACACGGGCAAUGCGCAGCUAGCCUGCUACGAGAUCGGAUGUCGCAGCGAUAGCGAUUGUCCAGCAACGGAGGCGUGCGUGAACAAGAACUGUAUCGAUCCGUGCCGUCACACACAGUGUGGCCGCAAUGCGUACUGCAAGUCGGACUACAAUCACAAUGCCCGCUGCCACUGCAUAGAUGGAUAUCGGGGCAAUCCUUUGGUCGGUUGCACCCGGCCAGAGUGCACCAGCAACGACGAGUGCCCGUACCACCAGUCAUGCCAGAAUGAGCAAUGUCGUGACCCGUGCAACUGUGCCCCGAACGCACAGUGCAGGGUGGACAACCAUCAGGCCAACUGCCGCUGCCCACCAGGAUACACGGGUGAUCCGCUGUUUUCGUGUGAAAAGAUUCCGGUUCGUGACCCUGCCCAAUGUACGAUGGACGCAGACUGUCCGAGUAAGCUGGCAUGCUUCGAGGGCGUGUGCAAGAACCCAUGCACGGAAACGAAACCCUGCGCAGAGCAUGCGGUUUGCACGGUGCAGGACACGCUACCGCUCCGAACCAUGUACUGCGUCUGCGAGGAAGGUUACGCGGGCGAUGCCGAAAGACAGUGCCUUCCAGUAUCAAAAGAUGAGCCGGGAUGCUACAGUGACGUCGAGUGUGCGCCGACCGAAUCUUGCAGAGCACGAGUUUGUGUGGACGUAUGCAGCGACUACAAUCCUUGCGCAUCGAGCGCGGAAUGCUUGGCGCAAAGCCAUAAGGCCAUCUGCUCCUGCCCUGUCGGUACGGUGGGAGAUCCGUUCCAGAACUGCUACAAGCCGCCGGUUGUGUCGCCCGAAUGUGUCGUCGAUGCCGAUUGCUCAUCGAGCAUGGCAUGCGUCAACGAACGGUGCCAGGAUCCGUGCGCGGGCAGCAAUCCGUGCGGAGGCAACGCGGAGUGCCGUGCCGUCUAUCACCGACCGCACUGCACCUGUCCCAUCGGAUGGGGUGGAGAUCCAAAGACGCAAUGUUACAAGCCGGAAUGUAAGAUCGACGCGGAGUGUCCGUUCGAUAAGGCAUGUUUCAACGAGAAGUGCAUCAGUCCGUGCACGUACGGUGCUACUCAGUGCGGCCGUGGGGCUGACUGUGUGGCCCAAAGCCACCGGGCAGUGUGCAUUUGUCCGCCGGGCACGCAGGGCAAUCCGUUCGUAUCGUGCGUCACGGGAAUGUGUCAGUACAACGAGGAUUGUGCCGAGCACGAGGCGUGCGACCGUUUGAAUCGCGUCUGCCGCCCAGUGUGCGACGACGAAACGUGCGCUCGUACCGCCACUUGUGUGGCCAGGAAUCAUCAAGCGAGCUGCGAGUGUGCCCCGGGAAUGCGGGGCAAUCCGUACGUCGAGUGCAUGCGCGAUGUGCCGGAGCCGGAGUGCCGCAUGGACAGUGAGUGCGGUUCGCAGCAGGCCUGCAUACGCAACAGAUGCGUAAACCCUUGCACGGAGUUAACGCCGUGCGCGAGCCAGCAGAAGUGCAGCGUAAUAGACACGCUGCCGCUGCGCACCAUCAUCUGCGCCUGUCAGACCGACAUGCUGAUGGAUCGGUCCGGAAGCUGCAAGCCGAUCGUCAUUGAGGAGUGUCGCUUGGAUAGCGAUUGUGCCGAUACGGACCGUUGCCUGCGCGGACAGUGCGUCGAGGCGUGCAAGGCCGAUCCGUGCGGCAUCAAUGCGCAGUGUGCUUCCGCGAACCAUCGGGCGCAGUGUACCUGCUCGCCGGGUUAUGUAGGAAAUGCGCACAUCGAGUGUCUGCCGGAACCGCGCGUUACAUCGCCGAAAGAGUGUGCCGCGGAUGACGAUUGUUCGGACGAUCGGGCGUGUUUCAACGAUCGCUGCGUGAACCCGUGCGUAAGUGAUGCUUGCGGACGGGGCGCGCUGUGCCGCACCAGCAACCACAAGGCGGUGUGCAACUGUCCAAGUGGAUAUACGAUGGACGGCAAUGGUAACUGUAUACCACCGGCCGGCGAUCUACCACGCUGUCGUUCGAACUCAGACUGUACGCGAAGCGAAACGUGCGUUAACGAGAUAUGCGCCAAUCCGUGCAACUGCGGCCAGAAUGCGGACUGCUUCGUGAAGGACCACUACCCGGUGUGCAGCUGCCGUCCGGGAUAUUCAGGCAACGCGCAAACCGGUUGCUUCAAGCUGGAGUGCCAGGCGGACAGCGACUGCACCAACGACAAGCAGUGCACGAACGGUGCGUGCGUCGAUCCCUGCCUGUAUCAGAAUCCUUGCGCACUGAACGCGGAAUGCUAUGGCGAUCGACAUCGAGCAGCCUGCCGCUGCCUUCCCGGACUGGAGGGUAAUCCCUUCGAGCGGUGUCGCCGAGUGGAAUGUCACUACGAUGGUGAGUGCGCGAAAACCCUCGCCUGUCAGCAGGAGCAGUGCGUGGAUCCGUGUGCCAAUUCACCGUGCGCCCAGAAUGCGCAAUGCUUCGUGAGCAACCACCAGGCGCAGUGCAAGUGCCCUGAGCAGAUGCCGGAGGGCAAUCCGUACUCCUUCUGCAGACCGCGUGCCGUGGAACGCGAGGAGUGCCGUGUGGAUGGCGACUGUCCGAGCCGCAUGGCGUGCAUCGGAAACCGUUGCCUCAACCCGUGCGACGAGCUGCGCCCGUGUGCCGCGUCCGCACUGUGUACGGUGCAGGACUCGGUGCCAGUGCGCACGAUGGUGUGCGAAUGUCCACCACUGCACGUGCCAGACAGUGCUGGAGAAUGUAGGCGCAUUGUGCUGCAGACACCGGUAGGUGUGUGUACGACGGAUUCGGAGUGCUCCGAGCAGGAGGCUUGCAUCAACCGACAGUGUCGCGAUCCGUGCAACUGCGGAUCGAAUGCGAUCUGCACGAUUAAGAACCAUCGGGCGGUUUGCUCGUGCGAGGACGGCUACGAAGGCAAUCCCAACGUGGCAUGCCGUGCGAUUGGAUGCCGCGUCGACUCGGAGUGCGAAACCAGCAAGGCGUGCGUGAACGGCAACUGCGUCAACCCGUGUCUCGACCACAACCCGUGCGGUAUCGGGGCGGAAUGCUUCGGGCGGGCGAAUCGGGCCGAAUGUCGCUGUUUGAGCGGCUACCGGGGCAACCCACUGGAGCAGUGCAAUGUGGUCGAGUGCCGCAGCAACAACGACUGCCCGGACGACAAGCAGUGCCGCAACGCGCAGUGCGUCAAUCCGUGCAUCUACGAGAACUCGUGCUCGCCGCGCGCCGAAUGCCGCGCACAGAACCAUCUGGUCGUCUGCCGCUGCCCGGUUGGGCUGGUGGGCAAUCCGUACGUCGACUGCCGGCCGGAAGUGGUGCCAGAGUGCCAGUAUGACACCGACUGCCCGGGCCAUCUGGCCUGCAUCGACAACAAAUGCACGGAACCGUGCAGUGCGCUAACGCCCUGCAAUCAGCCGGCCCGCUGUGAAGUGGUACCAUCUUCACCGGUGCGCACAAUGCUAUGCACCUGUCCGGACGGCUACGUAAGCAGCGGUAGCGGUACUUGCAAGCCGGUCGUGAAGGCGGGCUGCAUCUCCGACUCGGACUGCUCGAGUGACACGGCCUGCAUCAACAGCAUCUGCCGCGACCCGUGCAACUGUGGCCCGAACGCGGAGUGUCGCGUGAAGGACCACAAACCGGUCUGCUCGUGCGCCCAGGGCUACGACGGUGAUCCGGAGACGCAGUGCAUCAAGAUCGAGUGCCGAUCCGAUAGCGACUGCUCGGGACAGCACACGUGCUACAACCGACAGUGCGUGCCGGCCUGCUCGAUGGAAAGCUGCGGCACGCAGGCGGAGUGUAUCGGCGUGAACCAUCGUGCCGUGUGCGAGUGUGUGCCGGGCUACGAGGGCAAUCCGAAGGUGGCAUGCAAACUGAUCGGCUGCCGUCGGGAUUCGGACUGCCCGCUGGACAAGGCGUGCGUCAACGGCCAGUGCGGUAAUCCGUGCGAGCUGCAGGCAGUGUGCGCCCAGAACGAGCAGUGCCAGGUGUACCAGCAUCGGCCGGAGUGUGCUUGCCCGCCACCGUUCGAAAACGACCCGCUGCAGGGUUGCGUGCUGCGCGACGAUCGCUGCAUGACGGACGGUGAGUGUCCGUCGCAGACGGCGUGCAUACAGGGCGAAUGCGUUAACCCGUGCAAUGUGACGGAACCGUGCGGCGUGAACUCGAACUGCAAGGUGCUGGACACGCUGCCGGUGCGCACGAUGAUAUGCGAAUGUCUGCCAGGAUACCAGGGCAAUGCGGCGAUACAGUGCGACAAGAUGGCGCUAUGUCCUACAGACCGUGGGUUCGUGCGUAACUCGAACGGGGAAUGUGUUUGCCCGCCAGGGUACGGUCUCUCGCUGUAUGACGACUGUCAGCCGUGUCGCGAAGAGGAUGGACUCAAGGUGGACGAGACGGGACGGUGCGUUUGUGCGCUGGAGCGAGGGCUCAUCAUUGACGAGCGUGGUCGUUGUAUCUGUCCAAUCGAGUACGGCUACCGGUUGACUAGCCGGGGCGAAUGUGUACGCAGUGAGAAGCCCGAAUGUGAACGGGAUGAACACUGCGCCGAUUGGCGGUACUGUAAUCUUGAGUCCAAGACGUGCGAUGAUCCGUGCCAGCGGAAGAUCUGCGGUACAAAUGCGCUGUGCAAUGCCACGAACCAUCAAGCAGUGUGUCAGUGCAUUACGGGAUACACUGGCAAUCCAGAGGAACAUUGCAAUCAAACAACCAACUUCCGCACAGACUUCCCGCAGCCCGAGAUGGUAGUGACCUGCCAAGCUGACGGUGUGCAAGUCGUCAUCGAUCUGGCCGAAUCGAACUUCAACGGUGUGCUAUACGUGAAGGGCCACAGCAAGGACGAGGAGUGUCGGCGGGUCGUGAACUUGGCCGGCGACACCUCUUCGGCGCGCACACAGAUAUUCAAGGUACACUUCGGCAGCUGUGGGCUGAUCCAUGUCAAUGGCAUCGCGAGCUUCGUCUUGGUCAUCCAGAAGCACCCGAAGCUGGUGACGUACAAGGCACAGGCGUACCACAUCAAGUGUGUCUAUCAAACGGGCGAACAGAACGUUACGCUAGGCUUCAACGUGCAGAUGCUGACGACGGCCGGAACGAUCGCAAACACCGGGCCGCCGCCUACCUGUGCCAUGCGCAUAGUCGCGUUCAAUGGCGAGGAAAUCAAUUCGGCUGAAAUCGGUGACAACUUGCGACUGCAGGUGGAGGUACAGCCAGCAACUAUCUACGGUGGAUUUGCACGCAGUUGCGUAGCCAAGACGAUGGAGGAAAGUGUCGAAAACGAAUACAUCGUCACGGACGAGGAUGGCUGUGCGACAGACCCCUCGAUCUUUGGCGAUUGGGAGUACAACGCGGAAACGAACAGCCUACUGGCGAGCUUCAACGCGUUUAAGUUCCCUUCGAGCGAUAACAUCCGCUUCCAGUGUAACAUUCGGGUGUGCUUCGGCAAGUGCCAACCGGUCAACUGCCAUGGCGCGAAUGCGUACGGUAAGCGCCGUCGACGCCGUGAAGCGCUUGGCAUCGAUAUGAUGAGUACGAUCGAGGUGGUGUACAAUCGUACCAAGCGGGCCGCUGACGAUACGGCACUUGCCACGGACGACUCGCUUGGCAUGGAAGGCACCCUGCGGGAGGAAAUUACGAUCCAGUCCAACGCGAUUCUUACGCUAGAGAAGCGCGAAGAACGAUCGUACGACUCGAACAACAUCACACCAGCGGCACAGCGUGUGGAGGACAUUUGUGUAUCGAUGAUUGGGUUGAUAUUGGCGCUGGUGAUUACUGCACUGUUGGCCUUGGUGGCCGUUGCCGUGGCCGUGUCCUGCUGGCUGAUGGCGUAUCGACGACGACCAACAAUCACUGGACCGCUGCCCCACCCGCCCGAAUUUCCCAAUCCACUCUUUGCGCACCAUGAGCCGUCGGAACCGUCGCAUCAUGAUUUCAUGGGAUAGAUCUAGCAAAUCGCGCAAAACAAAAACUAUCACGAAACAAAACACAGAAACACAUAAACGAACAAAUCGAAACUCGACUAACCGAAACGACAAACAAAACGAAACAAAAUGUAAAGAAUUAAUUUAAAGACAAGAAUACUAGUGCUGCACACAUCGACCACUAAUCUGAGAUUAGAUGUAGUUGUAGUAACUCAAAUUAAACGAUUCGAUAGCUGACGAAGAGCGUGGAAGAAAUUCGUGGCUCCUCGCACACCAGCUAAGGGUAGAUACAAGAUAGGAAGGAAUAUGUAAAUAGUAUUAAAUUAAAACCCAAAGGGGAGCGCAAAAGAAAGGGUAAUUGCUCAAAGAGCGCCAAGGAUGCUCUCUUGAAGAAGGGGAAAACACGAACCCCAACACAAUUAUCGGAAAGCAUCUUUGCGAAUGUAGUAGAAACUCGAAACCAGUGUCCUUCGUAGAUACAUUUAGUUAGCAUAGUUGCAAAUUCUUACUAGCGUACUGUAAAGUAUGGAAUGCGCAAGAUCAGAGUUAGCAGCAGUCCCGCGUAUGAGAGCAUUACGGUAUGUUUUCAACAGCCAAAUCACCACAAACGAACGCUUGCAGCUAUGGUCGAUCGCAUUCCAGCGCAUCCAUACCAUCUCCUCCGUCGAUCGUUCCUAGUCCUUUAUUUAUUAAUGUUGAUAUGAUGGUUAAAAUAUCAAUGGGUGAGCGUGUUUUUCCCCGAAAUAAUCUGCCAGAUAUGUUUAGGGAAGUGCUCAUCCUGUGCACUCCGCAGAUGGGCUGUCCACCAGGGUCACACCAUCAGCACCGCAACGUGUGUGUUUGGCAAGUGUGCCCGCGUACGAGUGUCGUGUCGUAUUGGCAGCAAUGGCUCCGUUCCGUUUUAACUAUAAUUUAUUGAUAUUUUAAAGUAUGCUUUUCAUAUAUGCUGAACGAAUGAACGACGAUCGGCGGAGGAUUUGACGACGGAAUGUUAGUGACAUAUGUAAUAAUAAUUUGUUUUCCUUUUUGUUCCAGUGUUUUGUUCAUCUGAAACACUUACUUGGUGUUGUAUAGUAGUUUGUUGGCCUGCGGGCGUAAUACAAAAAAAAGAGCGUUAGAGCGUCUUGGAACAAAAUGCAAUGUACUGCUGCGAAAAGUGAUGCCAACUCUUUUUGAAACCUUUUUGAAGCUAUAACGACACUCACUACUCUUUACUGCCAUGAACGAUUUAAACCGUUGCUGCGAAAAGAUUUACUUCUGCCGUACCGCUUCGUCUGUCUACCAUACGCUACCGGUCAAUGUGCAUCACCAUGUGAGGAGCAGCGACCAAACUGGUUGCAUAUUUUCCGGAAUAUGUGUAGCAAGGCCAACGGAUACGGCAAAAAGUAUGAAGUAUACUUCCUUUCACCAACUACAAAAUUUACUGCCAUGUUCAUUUGUAUCGAAAUUUCUGUUGCUUGCUAACCACUGACUGCUCCGGAAGGCUCGGUAAAAGUACCAAAACCAGUGUUCAAAUUUGAUACGAACAAACAAACGUACAGCAAUCACAUUUUCGGAUCAGACGUUCACUAGCAAAGCUUUGUUUGCCCUAUGCUUUACAGUAACUGUCAGCCUAAAGUAGCUAAUGUAUAAAUGUAUUCAGGUUCUCUUAGAAGACUGCCAC